GUUCAUCAGUGUUUAGUCUGUCAGUGCUCGCGAGUGAUAUCGUGUUGUUGUUUUCACUCGAUGUGAUAGUUGAAAAUUUGAAUUCUCGUUUUGUUUUGUUUGUAUGUUAUUUUGAAAAUUUAAAAUUACGAUCUGUUUAUUAAUAUUGUGAUGGUUUAAAUUUAAGUUUGUUUUAAUAUUUCUAUGUGAUCUGCUAUUUUUUAAUGUACGUGGCGGUCCAUAUGCUCAGAUCUGCACCUGUUGCAUUUCAGUUAAUAUUUUUCAUUUUAUUCUGUGAAAAUUAUUACACCGAUUUUAAAUGCGGAAUGGUGAUGAGGUGAGAGUUUUAUGUUGUUUAAAGUUUUUUGUGCCGCAAGCAAAAUCGGCUGACGUGAAAAUGGGCAACUCGCAAAGCGGUAAGUCGGAGUACAGCUCACCGAUUUCGACUCCGCAACACCAGCUUCAUUUGCCUGUAGAAUUGCCCAGGACUCAUAAUUUGCGGGCGAGCAUUCGAACUAAAAUACCGAUGCCGGACAAGAGUGAAUUGGAAAAACGAUUCACAAAAGUCUUGGUAUGUAUUAUAUUGUAUUUACCUACCAAAUUUAAAAAUAAAUUUAAUGAAAUAAAUAUUUAUAUAUAUAUAUACAUGGUAUCUAGGUACUUUAAUUUUGUAUUAUUAAGUUUUGUUUUUAUUAAAUUACAGUAGGUUUAGUUGUAAGUUCAAUAGUUUUUAAAUUUUUAAAUUUUAAUAGGUAUACUAUUAGAGUUAAUUUAAAUUCCCAUUGAUUCAUACUUGUGUAGGUAACAAUAAUUUCAUCUGUGAUUUCACCUUGAGUUUUCUUGAUAGCUACUGAACUAUCUAGUAAAUAACUACAAAUACCAAGAGUAAAUAUAAAGUACUAAUAAAGAUUAAAUAUUAUAUUAAUGGGUACAUACUGUUAGUCUUAAAGGGUUGUAUUAUUCAGAUGAUGCUUAUAUUUUCAUCUACCUAUAUUGUAUUAUUUCUAUUAUCUUAAAUAUAUUGAAUUGGGAGGGGGAAUUAAAAUUGGAUUAAAAAACAUAUAGUAAAAUGUCUGGUACAAUACCAAGUUGAAAUAUAUUAAUGUGUGCCAGCUUUUAGAAUUAUCAUUGCUCCAAAAACUUAAAAAAUAAUAGUGUCCCUUGUUCUGUUACAAAUCUAAAAUGUGACAAAAAUCUGCUCACACACAUUAGCAAAAUAAGUCAAAAAUACAUAGGUAUUAUUAUGAUUUACAUUAUAUGUAUGUUGAAUGUGUAUGAUCCAUCAAAUUUAAUUUAAUUUAAUUUUAAACUUGUAGCAAGUUAAUACUAAAGUAGAAGUAAACAAGGUACAUCAAUAUAAUAUGUAUAUUGUACACUUGUAGGUAUAUAAAUUAUAUACUUAUUUAAUAAUAAGAUUGUAUAAAAGUUAAAUAUAUGUACCUAUAACAAAAAAUAAAUAUAAUACAAACAAGGAAUUUAUAUAAUUACUUUAAAGUAGAUUAUAAAAAGUAAAAUAAUUAAAAGUAUUAUAAAAACAAUUCUAAUUAAUAACUUAUUUGUUUGGUUAUUAAAUAAAUAAAUAAUAUAAAUAAUUUUGAAAUUUAAAUUGUAAGGUGUGCAAUAAUAUGUAAGUAAUAUUGAAAUGAGUAAAAUGUAGGUAGGUAAAAUAUUCUUAUGAAUUAUAAUAAUUUACUUAGUAUUUUACUAUAUUAUAAUUCAUACGUAGGUAGGUAUCACCAUUUAAUACUAUGUGGGUACUGUAAGUAUAUUCAUAUAUAGUACCUAUGUACCUAAUGUAUAAUCAAUGGUAUUGCAUAUUAUUAUAUUUUAUUAUGCUCAACAUCAAUACCUACUUAUUUAUAAACAAUUCAUACAAUAUAUUACAAAAAAACAAAAAAAAAAACACUUAUGAAAAUAAAAGUAUAAUAAUAAUAGUAUAGUUUAUACAAUUAGUAUAAUAAUUAAGUACAAUAAUAACUUGAAUACAUUUUUUUAUUAAAAGUUAAUAUUAUGUGUAAAUCUGUUGUAAAUAUUGUCACUCAAAUCUAAAAUCAAGAAAACUGUUGAGUCCUAUUUUUACAUAUUAAUUUUAUACAAAAAUUGAAUAAUAAUUGCUCUAAAAUCAUUAUAUUUUAAUUAUUACCUCUAAUAGAGUAAAUUAAAUCAAUAUUUGAUGUUAUAAGUCUCAAAGUCUCAACACUCAUUUGCUUUGCUUACUCAAUAACUCACAUUAGUUUAACAUAAUAUUAUAUAGUAGUUUUCCUAUAAACUAUAUAACCGUUGAUACUGUUGAUAGUAUUUAUUUGUAUACAAUACCUUUAUUCAAAAAUAAAAUUACUACACUAUUGUAGCUUACAAUUUGUAGGCAAUGCUUGAAUUGAAAAAAUACAAAAAAAAAAAAUAAGAUACUAUGAGAUUUAAACAAAAAUUGGUCUACUUUGAAAUUAUUGAACUUAACCUUAACACAACCUAUAAUACUUCUACAGGUUAUGUUUUUGUAGAUGUUUUUGCUUGCAUAUUUAUUUUAUUUUUAGAAAAUUGUUUCUUAUCUUCAUAAAAAAAUGAUGGUAUUUUAAUUUUGGUCAAAUUACUUAAUUUAUUAUCACACGGGGUAAAAGUGCAACACAGAAAAUAUAAUAAUAAUAAUAAUUUAACUAAAUAAUAUUAGUGAUUUUUUUUAGACUUUAAUAUUAUAAUAUUGAAUGUAUCUGAGUUAAUAAUGCAUGUUUUUUUUUGAAAAUAUCAUUAUUUGUAUCUUAAAUAGAUGUACCAUGUUAAUAGAUAUAAUUAGUAUUAAUAUAGAUUCACCUGCAGUUUCAAAUUAAAAUGUCCAAGUUGUUUUACAUUGUUUAUUUAAAUUAUUUAAUACAUUUUAUAUAUCGGACAUGUCAUUUAUUACACAUGUGGUUUAGUUUGGUUUAGUAAAACGUAUCAAUCUAUUUGUUUAGAUUUUUAGGUAUUGUCAUGUUUAUUGCAUAUAGUAUGAAACUUUUAUUGAUUUGCGUAAUUUAAAUUAAACUACAGUUUUGUAAAAGUAGUUAUAUUCUUAAUAAUAUUAAGCCAUUUUCUCUUUAACACAAAUUGGUAUGUAGGUAUAUAAUUAUUUUUCGUUCUAUGUAAGUUGGUAUUUAGUUCUUAUAUACCUAUUCCAUAAAUGAUAAUAGGUAUGAACUUUUGUAAUUGCAUAUUUUCAUUUUUAUUUUUAAAUUGGUACCUUUAUCUUUAAUGCGGCAUUUAAAAUGAGAUUUUAAUAUUGUUAUAACAAGAAUAUCUAUUAAUAUUUCAGGUGCCUACACUAGAUUAGUUAUGACUACUAUUCUCUCGAGAUUCAUCACAAGAAGCUGCGCUCUAAAAUUAUCGAAAUAGGGUUUUUGUUUCAAAAUGCUUCAAUAUAUAUAUCAUAUAACUGUUUUUGUAUAUGUUUCUCGUAGCAACCGUCAUAAUAUCACUUUAUUUUCUUUAUUGCUGAUUAGAUUUAUACGUAUAAUAUAAUAUUACGAGAUAUAUUAUAUUACUUUUCUUAUCAUUUAAUAUAUGGUGGAAUUUUGGGAAGCUUUAUCUACAUUGUGGGCCUAUGUUAUAAUAUUGUGUUUUUUUUUUUCGUGCGUCUACUGUCAAUCCGUUUUUGUCAGCGUUUGUUGAGUGGCUGAAUAAAAAUUAUGCCUAUUUUUUUAUAGACUACAAUUUUAAAAUUUAUUUAGUAUGUUUUAUUAUUUCAAAUUGUAUACGUCCAAAGAACAUGUAUUUAUAUGUGUGUGGAUGGAGUAAAGAAGGAGUUUGUACAAUAAAUGGGUAUACGGAACUGGAGAAAUGUAGUUAAGGAGCGGAAUGAGUGGAGAAGUAUUUUUUGUUUUGAAAGCCAAAGGCCGCCAUCAUCUGCAACGCUCAGGUAUAGUGCCUAGUAGUAUUUCAAAUUAUUGACUUCACAGUGGCGUAUCUGUGGGGGGCUAGGGGUCAUUUGCUCCCUCCCGUGGGCCGCAUAAUUAUGUGUUCAUUGUUAUUUGUUUUUAGUGUUUUUAUAAUUAUUUUAAAAUUUUGUUUGCAUGCACUGUUGCAUAUUUACCAAUGGAUAAUUAUAUCAUUGAAAGAUUCUCUUCUAUGAAAAACCGGAGAUUAGACUUUGUAUUAUAAAUUUAUAACGUGUAUACGUUUCUUAUUUUAUCUAUUAAAAUGUUAUAUUUUGCAAUUAUAAAAAAGAUCUCAAUUCCCGUGUUUAUUAAUUUAAUUGUAGCUAUGACGUUAUUUUUUAAAGAAAUUGUCUAUUUUGAGAGUGGUUGAAAAUAUAUUUCGCCUCUCCCUGCCUGUAAGAAAGACCAGGCUUUUCUGAGAAUGGCCUUUUCUUCUACGCCACUGAGACUUUUUUUCAAUGUUUUUGAACAUAACUUUUCUAGCCUAAAUUCUUUACUUGCGUAAUGUGAUUAUAAUUUGUGAUUAAAUAGAUUAAAUAUAUUAUCCGUUACUAAUGUGAUAUUAGUAUAAUAUCUCAAAUAGUGAUUAUUAUUUGAAUGAUUAGGUCUCAGGACUUAUUGCAUUUGAAAUUCACAAAAAAGCGCUUAAAAACGUCUACAAACUAAAAACAAAUUUAUAAGAACAAAAAUGGUAGUAGGGUUUAAACUGUCUGAAGGUCUCCUGUCAAACGAAAUUAAGUCCCUAGUCCUAAUAACGUUCUAACAUUAUUUUAUGGUACCUAUAUUGAAUAUUCUCUAUUAUGUUUGUGUGAUGUUUUUGAUGAUGUAUUAAGGUUAAAUAUUGUAUAUCUAUUAUCAGUCCUCGUCUUUAUUUUUAGUUUUCUAAUUAUUGAUUAUAAUUAAUAAUAUGAUUAGUAAAAAAUAAUUUGAAAUAUUCAUUGAGCAAGUAAAAAAUAUCAUGUUAGGUGCUUAUAUUGUAACAUAACCGGACACUGAGGGUGGCAUUUGAUAUUUUAAUAGGUGUCUAACAGUGUGUUAAUAAAAAAAAAAACUGAUGAAAAAUGUCAAUUUGGUUAAACUAGUUUUUAAUACAAAUUUUGUAAAAAUCUAGAAGUUAAUAAAAUAUUUAAGGUUUAUAGCCAUUAGUAAAAAUACACUCGAGUAUCAGUUUCGAUACCAUUUGGUGACACAAGUUGUAAUUAGUAAAUUCUUAUUAUUGAUUUCGUUUAAUUGGUUUUACCGCAAAAGUAAUAUAAAUUUUAUUUUUAUUUUAUAAGGUUAAAAUGGUAUAAUUAACAUUUUUGAAUAGCUGGCUUUUCAUUUGUCUCAUUACUAUCGCUGAUACAGGUACCUAAUAUAAAAAUAAUAAUUGAAUAAUUGUGUAAAUAAAACUAAUUAAGUCGGAGUACACUAAAUUACAACAAAUUAUUUUUUUAUUAAUCAAAGUCGUGAGAUUUUAUCGUUUAAAUGUGUAUUCGUGCACUAUGAUAUGCAGUUUACUAAUUCAAGUUUCUUUUCGGCGUUUUCCAAUUUUUUUUUUACCAAUGAGGUAAAUACUUUGUUGUUUUAUUAAAUAACGUUUUAUUUUACAAAUAGGUUUUAAAAUGAUGUUUAUUUCAUUUAUUUUUCUGUGAACAACUUUUCUACCAUACAUUUUGCUCCGAUUUUCAAAUGUAGCACUUUUUCUGAAAGGAAACAUAACUGUGGUGGUCAUUUAGGGGGUUAAUUUUUUGAUUUUUUCAGUUUUUUUCAUAAUAAAUGUGUAAACCCGGAACAAUUGUAAUGAUUAUUAUCGUUGCUUUUAGUAUAUAAAUUAAAUAUCUCUAAAUCCUGUAUGUGCAAAAGAACGUCUGCAGUUUAAAUAAUAUUUAUCGCACUGACGUGUUUUGUGUUAUUUUGAAGAUUAUUUAGUCUUUCAUUAAUUCAAAGUGAACUUGAGUUAUGACUGCGGGAGUGAAUAAUUUGGUUAAGAGAUAUCUAAUAGGUAAUUGUUUAAAAAAAAUGUAUAAUAAACGCUCUUAAAUUAGUCGUAAAUCGUAAUGUAUAACACGUCGUUUAAAAUAAAUAUGCAUAUUAUAUAACGUAGGUGGGAGGUAUUUCGUUCGUUUUAUGUUUUUGAUGAAAUUCUGUUGUUUUUUUAUCGACAGGAUGUUGAUAUUAAUGCGUCAAAUUUGAAAUCAUAGAUUUUAUGUUUCUCGACGUGUUCAAUUUGAUAUUAACUAUUUAUAGUAUUUACAUUAUUGUGCACUAUAUCAACCGGCGUGAAAUGUCGGUGCAGUGUUAUAAUGAUCCUACAUGCGGUUGACUGUCGAUGAUAGCCACGUUUAAUCACGAGUUCGUACAAUUAUAGACUUUUAUAAUACAUAAUAUAUACAAAUAUAUAAUAUAUAUUAUAAAUUACCGGAUCGCAAUAUAAAGGAAUUUUCAUUUUUUUUUUUCUUGAAAAUAUUUUAAACCUUUCAAAAAAUAUUAUUAUGUGAAAUAAAAUACAAUUAUAUAGUCGUAUUAUUCGGUCGCUGAAUACCACUUUAAACCCCCCGUAUUCAAACGGACAAUGAAAUAACAAUAUUAGGGUCGGAAACACGAAACACGUGUUCGCAUAAAUAUUUCUUAUUUUAAAACGUGUGCAUUUUAUUACGGUCGGGGGAUCGCAUACUGACGAUUGAUUAAUAAGAAAGGAGUGGUUACAAAAUAUGUUCUCGCGGAAUUCGAGAUAUACAGUACGCGCGUGUAGGUCUAAUAUAGUGUAAUAUUAUUAUUGUAAUUUAUUUUGCACGACCGCUCUCUACGGCUUUUUUAUAGUACAAGUGUAUCGCAAUUUUUUUUGUUUAUACAGGACGAUCAACAUAUAUUAUAACGGAAGACACUCGUUAUGUUUCGGAAUGUAUUAACUUUUUCUUCCUAAUUUGUCUUUAGAAAAAUUAAGAAACAACCGACUUUGAAAUGUUACAUUGCCUAUUAUUUUUUCUCGCCCUAAUUUUUGGACGUGUGAAACCACUGCCCGCUUUUCAUUUUCAAAUAGCAAUAAACCAAAUUAAACUAAAUAUUUUAAAAAUUGCAUUAAAUUUAUAAUACAAGUUUAAAUACAUUUCGAUGUUGAAAUUAUUAAUUUUACUCGACUCUGACGAAAUAUUCCUUUUAUGUUUGGGUAAGGGGAGAGUACCUAGUUGAGCUCAUCAAAUGCUAUGUGCCGUGCCGCUACACAAAUUACGUUCCACUACUCUCCCCCUAACUAACUUUAAAAGUGUAAUAUCUCGUCAAUGGGUUGACAGAAAUCAAAAAUUUCAACACCAACAGUUUAAUGUUUAACUAUGUUUAACCAGGGUUGGUAAUAUACGCGUAUAAAACAUUUUAUGUUUUACACGUAUAAAACGAUAAAGACAUAAGGAAUUAUCUAUUUUUUUUCUUUUAAAUCUAUAAUUAUUAUAAUCAAUCGCAUCUAUGUAAUUGAUAAAUUGUCCUAAAUUUAGAAUAAAAUAAAAAAAUUAUAAUUAUUAAUAUAGUUAUUAACAAAAAAUAAGGAUGAACUUAAUAAUAUUAUAGGUACCUAAGUAACAUAUUUUAAUUUGUCGUACUUACCAACUUUACGACAUUUACCGAUCAUUCGGUAUUUACCUAAAAGUUUAAUGGUAUUCGCCAGUUAUACAGUAUUUACCGAUUAUACGGUAUAACGAUAUUUAAAAAUACCGGUAUUUGUAAAUACCUAAUACGUUACACGGACUAAGGUGUACAAAACUAGACACGAUAUGGCUCUGGAGGGUAUUAUGGGUUCGCUUGUCUAUGAAAUGUUAUAGAACAAACGGAGUACUAGGGUAUUUUUCCUUUUAGCACCAUCUUUGACUAUAUCACCUCGGAUACAUAUACAUUAGAAUGAUUAUACAAUAUAUAUGAUAACAGACACUAUACGGUAGUUAUCGGUUUAUUGGUAUAGUUACUGAAACUACGAGAAUUAUCGGUUUGUCGGUAUUUACUGAAAUUAUGGUAUACCGGUAUACCGAAAAUACCACCAGCUCUAGUUUCACCCCCAAAACAUAAUGGUAAUGUAAAAUUUUAGACUUUUCUUGAAUUCUAAAUAAAAAUAUUAUGAAAAUAGUUAAUACUUCCCAGUUCCCAAUAAAUCGCAAUGAUCAUAUUAUUAUCUUCAUCUGAUAUUUUAUGAAUUUUUUUCUACUCGUUUAAAUUAAAUUUACGUUUUAUUUUUACAUUUAAUUUUCAGCACUUUUUCUUUCUUCAGGGUUUAUAUAAUAAAUUAUAAGCAAUAAGACAUGCAGAAAUAAUUCGCCUAUUACUGUAUAUGCUACGUAUCAACGUAGUUAUUCAUAAAAAUUAUUUUCGAUAAAUUAUACGUGACGUUGAGACGGUUACAUUAUCAUCAUUUUAGAAAAUUAAAAAAAAGUUAUUGAUCUUGAAAUAUGUCAUAAUUUUGCAGGUUUAAUGAUUAUUAUUUUUUUUCUUAUAUUGGUAUUACGAUACAUUCGUUUUAGCCAUGACCAUUGAUUAUAAUAAUAUCAAUGCCAUGACUGUAUAUAAUAUGUUUUUUUUCCUACUAAUUAAGAAUAUCUUAUGGUGUGCAUACAUAUCAGAGAACAUAUUGUCUAUGUGAAUUGAUACUUAAAAGAUUAUUGGUUAAAAAAAAAAAAAAUGUUAAAUAGUUGCGUUUGUGACUAUUACAAUAGGUUAUUAUACAAAAGUAAAAUAAACACAUAAUUCUAGGUUAAAUAUUGUACCUGUACAGUUAUUACGGUAAGGUAUGUAACUAAAAAAUUAAAAAAAAAAAAAAACUAUAUUUUUAAAACGAACUAAAAAGUAAAUAUAAUGAUGGAAAGUGUGAAUACAAAUGAUAAGAACAUAAUUUUAUAUUGACAAUUUGAACAUGGGACGUUUUUAUGUAUUGCUGGAGACGUGACAAGGUAUUUUUGAAGGAAGUUUCUGUGUCUAAAUGGAUACAGUAAAGUCCAUUGGACAUCCAGUAGAGUACCUAUAUGGUUUUGCUUAUUGUAUGCGUCCACUAAAAAAUAAAUGGUAAAUUAUUGAAUUGUUAGGAUUUAUAACAAAACAUUUUAUUCGAUAUAAAUAAUACUCUCACUGGUGAUGUGGUAUCUGGGGAAGUCCAAAAAUUAAGGUCUGGUCUAUCUACUCGUGGAACUUUUUCAAGGAAAGGGGGAGGGUAUACGACAUAUCGUGGAUAUAUUUACUGAAAAAAAGUCCCGAGGCAUGGAGCACUUCGUAUCCAUUAAUUUACGGUAACCGUCCAAUUAUGUAUUUGUUUUAAUAUUUGUUGAUACAUUUUGAGAAAAUAAAAAAAUCGGUUUAUAAUCCAUUAUAAGGUGGGAAAUAUUAAUAAAAUAAAAAUUGUAGGUAUGAUAUAUUUUUCGAUACAUUGACAUUUUCCCCAAAAGUAAUUUCUGGGUGAAAAAGGAUAAACGGACUGAAAACGGAUAAUCUGAUUCUCUACAAACCAAUAACUACCGUAAUUCGGUAAAUACCGACAAAUCGAUAAGUACCGCAGUUUUAGUAAAUACCGACAAACCGAUAAUUACCGUAUAGUUUUUAUGUGUAUCGUAUAUGUAUCCAUGGUGAUAAAGGCAAGAUGGUACUAAAUAGAAAAAUACCUCAGUACUCCGUCUGUUCUAUAACAUUUCAUAGACAAGCGAACCCAUAAUACCCUCCAGAGCCAUGUCGUGUCUAGUUUUGUACACCUUAGUCCGUGUAACGUAUUAGGUAUUUACAAAUACCGUUAUAUUGUAUAGUAAGUAAAUAUCGUAUAGUUGGUCAGUACGAAAAAUUAAAAUAUGUUACUCAGGUACUUAUAAUAUAUCUAUUUCAUCAAUUAUUAUGUAAAUUAACAAACAUUUGAUGAAAAUAAAUUUCAAAACAAAUUUAAAUUGGCAUAAUUAAUAGUUAUUACCAAAAAGAUGGUAUUUAUUAAAAAAACGGAAAAUAAUAAAUACAGUAUUCAUCGAAAACACGGUUAUUUACUGAAAACACGGCAUUUAUCGAAAAGACGGUAUUUACCGAAAAAUAUCGACCUACCGGUAUACUAAAAAAAAAUCAGUAUCGCGAAAACGGGUUAAUAGAAACACUUUUCAACUUUAAAAGUUUAUAUCUUUGGAAUGGAAAAAACAAAACAUCAUAUUAAUAGCUUAAAGUUGGAUCUUUAACCAUACAAUAUGAUUAUUAAUAAUUAAAAGUAUUAAAUUUCAAAAUUGAUUUUAUAUUCUAUUUUCAGUAUGCUGUUUUUAUGUAAAAUGUAAAUACAAUAUCGAAUACCGGUGGGUCCAUUCUACAUACCAUCAACUCUAGCUUUAUCGCUUCACUCGGAGUAUAAAAUCUGUAUUUGAAGUCAAAUCUAAUCUCAUCUGUCUAUGCAGAAAAUAUCAAUAUCAAUUUAUUUAUUUUUUAUACUUUCAGGCUAUACCGAUAUACAACUCAUGUACAUUUUUCAAUUUAACAAUCAAUAAAUCAUGGUGUAAAUUGACCAUUUUAAACUAAUUAAUAUAGUUGAUAAAUAUUUGUGUUUCAAACAUUAUGUAAUCCAUUAACACGUUUAACAGGUCGUAUUAUCAAACAUAAUUAUCACUAAUAAUAAAUAACAAACCACCGCUUCAUAUUUUGAGUUCAUUAAUAACUAUACAAUAUUAUUGGUAUUAUAUACUUAUACUUGUAUCAAUUUCAGUUUAUUAAUAUCAUUUUCAUUUUGUUAUGUUUUUAUACCAAAUUUAUAAGCAAAUAGUUAGCAAAAUAACUAUUGAUGCAGAACAUACCUAUUAUACCCAGGGCUUUUCAACUUGCGAUUGUGUAUUUAUUCCUGUCUAAAAUACAUAAUAUAUGUUGAGAUAACAGAAGAAACGGAACACCUGUCACGAAAUUGUAAUAUUAAAACACAUAAUAAUUACUAAUAAGUAAUAACAAUACAGUUUUAGAGUACUACGAUGUUAUUAAAACGUUAUCUUUGCCAAAUAUUGUUUUACAUUUUAUUCAAUGAUCGACGUAAUUUUUCAGUUUUCGUAUUAGGUAUUUUUGAUAAGGUGUCUGUAGAUUUCAAAUACAGAUUUAUACUCUAAGUGUAGCGAUUAAGCUUUUAGUUUCACUAAGAUGUAUUUUUUUUCGGAAAAUAUAUUUUUGGUCAGCAAAAAUUCUCAGGUAUUUCACGCAGUACCUAAAAGACGACCAAUUUUUGUCUAAUGGUAUUUUAUUUGAACAAUUUUUCAAAAUUCUGAAUAUUUUUUUUUAAAGUUUAAAAGAUGACAAGAAAUGACUAUUAAUUUAUUUAAUUUUUGUUUCCGAGUUACCUUGUUUAAUAGGCGAUCCGUUCGGAAUCGGAAUUGAAAUAAUCUUGAAGUUAAUUUAUCAAGUACCUUAAGUUUUUUUUAUUAAAUUCAAUUUUUUUUAAAUAUAUAACAAUUGGGUUUAUUUAUUUAUUAUAAUAACAAAAUGCACUGUUAAAAAAACAAUAUAGUUGUUACUUUGUUAGGCAAUCGUGUCGCUUGGUUCCCUUCUGUAGUGCUGUUGCAUUAUUUUACUACAAUAAUAAUAGCUACGGUGUAUUUUUUUUUUUGUAAUAAUAAAGCACUACAAUUCCGAGCCUUCGAUGCGAAUAAUUUCUUUAGUUUACGUACUUGUUUUACUUGUUCAAUCUUAGUAGUAACAAUAAGUAAAAAAACCCAACGAACUCCUUAAAAUAUUAUCUAGGAAUGUAUAUUUUAAUCGCAAAUAGUUUAGAGCAUUUAUAAUAUUGUGCAGCUGUAUAAUACGAGUACUAAUAUAUAAAAGUGAAAAAAAAAAAAAUACCACAUGUUGCGUUAAAUAAAUUCUUAAUAACGGUACCUACAUUUAGAUUCUGAGUUUAGUGAAGAAGUUAUUAUAAUAGUUUUACUAAGCUAUGUUUUUUCUCGAAAAACACUUUUUGUCAUACCUAGUAAUGACUAAUAAUGUUCCGAUAUUUCUAUGCUGUAAGUACCUUAAAAGAUGCAGCAUUUUCGAUUGAUAGUAGAUAAUCUGAUUAUUAUUAUUAUUUUUUAUCUUAUAUAUCUUUAUUAUUAUUCACAUCGUACUUUAAAAGAUUCAUUUUUUUUUUGACUGGUGGUAUUUGCACAUAAUUUUUUCAAAUUUCGACAUUUAAAAAAACAACAAAUAAUCACGCCACGUUAGUUUUAUUUUUGUGAAACAAAAUUAAUACUUCGAAUUAAAUCGUUUUUUAUUACAAUUAUUUAUCGUUGGUUCUAUAAUAUUUAAACUUAACUAUAAGGUACCUCCUAUCCUUCAAAAAUUUUAGCCUACAAUAUUGGUCUGUUGAUUGAAUACAAAUAUAGGAAUCGGGGGGGUUGGGGGUUGGGACAGGAACAAUAAUUUUCAUGAGAAAUCAUAAGCAUUACCAUAUUAAUAAUUAUUAAUUUAAAAUAAUGAUAAACCAUUAUAAAUUGUAUUUAUUAUGAAAUAUAAAUCAUUGUAUGUUUACAUUGUUAGAUGUUUAACAAAAAUGUUAUAUAAUAUUUUCCAAUUUCUUUUAAAUUUAAAGGGAGUCGUCCCCCUCUGCUUAUCCUCUUUCUGUUGCCCGUAGUGCGAAGUAUGUCCGGAUUUUUAUUUUGAAAAGGUUAGGUUUAUUUUUAUAAUUAUGUAUGUAUACUAUAUGGGUAUGUAGAAUCGUAGAUAUUAAAUUAUAUCCGAAAUCAUACUAUUUAAUAAAUUUGUUUUAAUUUUUAACACUUUAUAUGUAUUUCAUUGAAUACCUUUAUAUUUUAUUGAUACACGUUGGUAAUGAAUUUAACGAAUACAAAAUAUUGCUAAUGACUUUGGAACAAUAAUAACGCAUUCAUAAAUAACAUUCAGCCAUAAGUUUCUUACAUCGAACAAACAAAUGUAAAUCACUUAAAAACUACUUACUUUUUAUACUUUGCUAUACGUUGGACGGGUCUGAAAUCUAAAAAGCCUCUAUAUUAAAGCUAACAAUCCCUUAAUAGAUAUAAAUUGGAAAUGUUUUAUCGCCAUUUUAUGAGGUUCAUUCGAAUAUAUUGCGUGUUAAAUAAUAAUGAUGUCCCGGUCUUUUUAUGUACUCGCAUUCUUUUUUAUUAUAAAACGUUAAACUUGGGAGUUUUUACAAAACUAUUUUUGUUAUAAAUAACCUUAAAAUGUUUUGGAUUAUUAUUUUCUAGAACCUGUGUAUUCGCUUAAUAUUUAAAUAUUUUAUUUGCAUAAGUGUAGAUAAGAUCUAUUUAUCUAUGUAGUGUGUUAACAAUCGGAUUUUGUAUUCAUUUUCCUUAAUUAAAUGGAAAAUAUUCAAUAUUUUUUUGAACACACUUGGGGAUAUACAGAUAUACUUUUAAAAUUCGAAAGCUAUCUACGGUCUCAUGAUGCCUAAUAGUUUAAUGAUUUAAUUUUUUAAAUUAAUUUUACUGUUAGACAAAUAUUAUACAAAAUCCAGUUUGUCGUUUAAUGAUACUGUAAACCUAUAUAUUACCGAUAUGCCAUACGUAUUAAGUAAUAUGCAAUAGUACAAUUCAAACAGAUGGAUAAUACUAUUAUAAAUGUUUUAUCCACGGAUGGUGAUAAUUAUAUUGAGUCUACAGAUGCAUUCGAUCACGAUUAGGUAAAUAUUAUAGUUUACGUAAAUGCAAAUUAUGAUUAUUUUUAAAUACAUUAAAUUACUGUUCAAUGUUAAAAAUGUUAUGAAGGGAAAUCGUUUUCAAAAUUAUAACUUAUAAAGAAGUCAUGCCAUGCCAUUUUAUUUCGAAACUCAACCUUUGAAUCCUUCUCUAAAAAUAUAUUAAAAAACAAAACAUCUAAAAUCACUGUUGUUGGAAUAUUUUAAUAUAAUUAUAAUUUUUUGCAAAAUACUCUGUAUAGUACAUAAUGAUCAUUUAAAUAUUUAAUAUUGAAAUGUAUUUUUAAGUCUCGUUAUUGUAUAAUGUAUUUACACAAAUUAAAAGAAGUGGCGAUUAUAGGUUACACAGGCUUUUCUUUUGUUAUUUGGUGUAAUAAUAUUUAUUGUUACUAUAUAAUUUUAUUUCGUUUAGUUUCUAUUGUAGUUCUGUACAUUACAGAAAUAUUAACUAUACAAAAUUAUAAUGUAUAUUAAAUAAAUAUACAUUAUACAGUAUACAGUCGUCUUAAAUUCGUAUAACUAAAGUGAACUGUAUACAGGGUCUUACAAAUUAUAUAUUACAGUUUUGAGAGUAGGAGUUACGUAGGAGUAAAUUUUGUACUCCCACUCUCAAAAGUCAAAACUGUAACAUAUAAUUUGUUAGACCCUGUGCCAAUAUUAUAAAGUGUUAUCUUUAAGUUUAAAAUCUAAUUUACACAAUGUUUAAAAUCAAUAUUUGAUUUAGUAUUUUUUUAGGACAUAAUAUUGUGUAUGUAAAUAAUAUAAGUAAUUUAAAUACUGUUUUAACAUGUAUUUCAUAUUAUAUAGUUUUUUGUUGUCUAUUUUGAAAUACAUCUAAUUAAUUCUGUGACCUACUAUAAUGACAAUGAAUAAGGAUUGCUAAAAUGAUCAUAAUAUUAUCAUUGAACAAUAUGUACAAUUAUAGUUCGAGCAGGUGUCAAAACAACUUAUUAUAGUCUAUACUACGCUAUAGCUAAUAAUUAAUAAGUAAAUCUAUAAUACGUACCUAAUUGGUAAUUAAUAACCUCUGUUAUUAUCUAUACAUAUAUGCGUAUAUAUUUUUUUUAAUCGAAUAUAGACAAUUAAAUUUAUUAGGGUGCCAUGCUGCAUGGUAUUGUGAAAUUUGGUAUUUUUUUUUACUCUAUUACAUAAAAUAGAACAAAAAUAGAACCAUGGUACGGCUAUCGGUAAUAUAUUUUAAUAUAGGUACCAUGUUGUUUUACUUAUGUAUCUGUGUUAAGUUUAAUGGAGCUUUAAUGGUAAUAUUUUGUUAUCUGACUAUAAAAAUGAUGUAUACGUAUACAUUGUCAUUAGUGUUAGUUAAUCGUUUAUUUUUUAUAAAUGUAUGCGUUAAAAUUGCAAAAUUAAAUAUUUCAAAAACCCAUUACGUAGGUAAACAAAUUCAUAUUAGUUUGUGUUUAUAUACUAAAGCCCUUACUUAAAAGUUAUUCGAAACCACACCCUUUGUUUUUAAAAAUCACAAUGGACCCUCAACCCCUGUAGCUAUACCUAUCAUUUCAAACGGGUGUGGUACUAUAUCCUCUCUUUUAUUGUACACAGUAUUCGAUAAGUAAUUUAUUGUCUUAUAAUGGAAAAUUUGAGUUACCAUGCCGUGAUACACAUCACAUCAUAUGCUCCCUGGAGGCGCUAUUUUUACUUUUAAGUAUCCUCGGAAUAAUGAAAUGUUAUUGUAUUGUUAAUAAACUCUAGUGUCCAUCAAGUAAAUAUAAUACUCUAUUUCAAAAUGAGACUAAGAAAAUAAAAAAAAAAUCUUGAAAAUUAUUUGUAUCGUAUAUCUUAUUUCAAAUUCAGGUAUAGAGAUUAGAAGAGAAUUGUGCUGAUGUAAUAAUCGCAGCUAUAAUAUAGUUAAUAUUAUGGAAGAUUAACUUGUUUCAGUUUUGUUUUCACGUGGGUAAUCAAAAAUAUAUUUUAACAGCGACGACAAUAAUGAUUUAAUAUGAUUUUGGAGAAAGGAACAAUAUUAAUAUAUAGUAGUUGAGUAAUGUUUUUUUUCUAACAAUAACUGCAGAGGAGAAGAUUAUGUAAUGCGAAUUAUGACAUUUUUUUGAAAAAUUAUGACAAGGAGGAAUUUGUAAAUUAUACAUUUGUAAGUUAUAAGUACUAUACUUAUACUAGUAUUAUACUAUUACUAUAAUAUCAAUAUUAUCAUGGUUGUUCCGAAAUAUGUUUCCUUAGUUUGGUACAUAACAAUUUAUUUAUUGAUUAUUUUGGUUCAUAUUUUGUCUAAGAUAUUUUUAAUCGAACAAUUACAUAUAAUUUGUUUUUUUAAAAUUAUAAUUAUAUAUUAGUAAAUUAAAUGAGUAGUUACAUAAAUGAUUCACUUUUAAAUAUUUUUCUUAAUUUAUUAAAUUAUUAAAAUUAUAGUACGUACUCGUAUUUAGAUAGAUACUACAACUACUAUUUAAUUACAAAUUUUUCUAUAGCAGUUUGUAAAGAUAAUUAAUUUAAAUUACUUAUAAGUUAUAACACAGUAUAAGUAUAAGUUAUUAUUAUAUGUUUAAUAAUUUAAAUGAGAAGGUAGUUAUGAAACGGCAUAAGAUAAAUAAGUACCUAUAGGUAUAACUAAAUCAAUAUACCUACUCAUUUAGUUGAAAUAUUAUAUUAAUGUUAUCUUCAAGAUAUUAUUGUAUAGGUUAGGUAGAUAAAUAAUUGUUUUUUUUUUAAUAAUAAUUUUUACCACAUAGCGUUUCGUUUUAGUUUUUUCGUAUUUAUUUUAUCCAAUUUUGUAAUCAAAUAUUUAAACACAAAAUAUUUGGUGUAUAAUAUUGUUUAUUAAUGAUAAUGUGACAGAUAAUAAUUAAUAAUUUAUAAAUACCUAAUAUAGUAAUUACUAUGCCACCUAUUGUGUUUUAAAUUAAAUUUAGCCUGUUACAAUUAAAAUGUUGAGGAUCUGCUUGAUACAAUAGAUAAAUUAAAUUAUAGUUUUAUUAGUAAUAUUAUAUUUUUGUAAUUUAGUCGAUAUUUCCUUUUUAUACACGUUCAUAAUAAUAAUCAUAUUUUGUACAUGAAACAAAUUGUCGUAUCAAUUCAUUUUUAUAUUUUUAGAAAUAUAUUAUAUUAAUAUGCAGUGUGCCAUUAUUAUUGUUAAAAACUAUAAAAAAAAAAAAAAAAAAAAACAAAAGUUAACUGCAGUGUUAAUUAUUAUUAAGAAUUGUUCCGACUGUUCCGAGUAUGUCAUUACUAACUUUUCAAAAAUAUAAUUCUAGGUAUUAAUAUAUUCAUAAUAUUUUAUAUUAUUUUGAAGUAAUAAGAUAAUUUGUGUUACAUGAUGUUAAUUUAGUAUUUGUUUUCGUUAUGAAUUUUGUGUUCGCAUGCACAGAGUUGCAUAACGAUAAGUCCAUAAUUACAUUCACCUGCAUAGGUUAUUUAUAUUUUUUUGUCUCUACAAUAGCAAUUGUGUAAGAACGAAAUAAAUUAUUAAUUUCAAUUUGUUCAUUAUGCGUGUUAUAGGCAUCCAUGAAUUUGCCUGCGGACAAAGCAAAACUCUUGAAACAAUACGACGACGAGAAAAAAUGGGAUUUAAUUUGUGAUCAGGUAUAUAUUUAUUAUUAAUAUUUUGUACGAUAUUCAGUAGUAAAUUAAUGGUAUUUUUUAUUGCACGAUUAAUUUUUUUUAUUAUUUAAGUGUUUAAAAUAUUAUACCCACGAAUGGCAAGCCCUAAAAGAGUUUUAUCACUAAAACGAGAAAUGUAUUCAACCGAACAUGUUUGUUGUCUGUAUAUAUUGUAUAAAGAUCUAGUAUCUAUAUCAUGGUGUGAUAAGAAAUUUAAAAAUCAGAUUUGGCUAUGUUAGUUUUUCCGUUUCACGUACCUAUUAUAUCUGACUUAGGUUGUCAGUCGUCUCUUAGUUAGAAUUUUCAACUCGUAAUUUUUGGCAUUUAAAACAUUGCCAAAAGUCUAUUAAGAACCAUUUGAUUGUUGUAUACACAGUUUGAAGGAGAAAAUAAAAAAUAUGGGGAAGUCGAUAGUGUAAUUAAGUGUCAACUGGUAAACAUGACGAAUAAUUCAAAUCCGAUUUUCUUAACGUAUCGUUGGUGGUGGACAUACGUCAUGCCAGACGAGCAAAAAGUACAUAAUAUUAUAUGAUAUUAUUACACUCAUGGCAAAAAAUAAUACCCGACAGGGCGUGGGUGGCAUGCACGUGUGCGUUUGUAGUAAAGCAUGAGAAAAUCACAUACCUAUUAUUCAUUUAGUAUACGCACACGCAUGCAUUUGAAUUUUAUUAUUACCCGUGUUCAACAGUUUAAAUUCUUUGAAAAGGAUUUAUUAGUAAUUGUUUGUAAUUUUUAUCUAAUUAAUAUAAGGAGUUUCACUUUUUGAAAAUAACAACACAAACCCCGAUUAAUAUGCAAAAACAUUGUUUACGCAGAAUAAGUAAAAAUAUUGCUUAAUUUUGAUUUUAGAGUAAAAGUACCUAUUAUAAAAUUUGUAGAAAACAAUAUUUUGGAGAGAAUAUCAUAGGGUUUUUGUAUUAUUCAAAAUAUACAGCUUGAUAUAAAAGAUACAAAAACCUUUUUUUUUUUUUUCUAAUAACUGUAACUUUUUUAUUAGUUCAUUAUUCAAAAAAUAUCUAUAGCAUUCGCAUAAAAUAUUCUUCCAAAAUAUUAUUCUCUAUAAAUUUUAUAAUAGGUAUUUUUACUUUAAAAUCAAAAUUAAGCUAGUUUUACUUAUUCUACGUAUAAGCAUUGUUUUUGCAUGUUUUCCGGUAGUUGGACUGAUAUAGUAGAUGUGGUUUUAAUGUCCUCUUAAGUAUGUUUUUAUACGUUUCAACGUAGACAAUUAUUGUUCAAACGUACUUGUUAUACCUUUAUUGCUAAAAUUAGUAAAAGCUAACUAAUAUUUGGUCUAACCGUAAUUUGAAUGACUAUUUAUAAGGGGAAUCCUGGGCCCCCUCGUCUCCCUCCAUUGAAUCCGCCACUGGAAAACAGUUAUGAAAUGAUUCUUAUCUUUCACAGUUUUUUGCGUGUUACUUAAUUCUUGUUUUUAAACUUAACAGAAAACAAUAUUUGUAACGAACAAAAUCAUAAGAAAAAUUGACGAUAUUUAUAAUCAUAAAAUUAUAUAAUUGAUUGAUAAUAUAAACAUCGUUUUCAGAUCAAUAAUGCACUAAACAAAAUAUAAUAUUACAGCAAGGUAUGUAAAAAAUGAUCAAGGUCUUUUUUAGUCGUAUAUUUUAGAUUUUAAGUGGAUUUCGAUCCAGGAAUAUGUUGUUUUAAAAUGCUGUUUAUUAGAUUCCCAGCGUAGCGAGGGAGCUAUUGGUUUUACUAAGAUGUUUAUUUCUUUUUUCUUUGUUCUAGUCUGUGGAUACGUUUUUUCUUAGCAAACUUGUUCCGAUUUUUACGUGUAGCAACUUUUCUGAAACCUCAAGUUGUACAGAUGGUACAUUAAGAGGUUAUUUUUGAUUUUUAUGUCAUUUUUUAAAUAAAAGUACUUAAGUGGGAAAAAACGUACAAUUUCACGAUUUCCUUAUUUUGUAAAAACACGGAUGACGUUUUUUACCAGGAAAAAUGAUUUAAUCGAAAAAUCACUAGACACCUUUUUGAUUUAUUUUCUAACGGUAUAAUCGCCAAAACUUUUGAGCUUUCAAGGAAUUUUAAUUUUAAGUAGUUUUUUGCUGUUAUUCGGUUAUAAAUACACGUAAUAAAUAAACUUGAAACAUAGUAAUAUUAAUUAUAUUGGACUUAUCUAGACGUGGUAAAAUUUUCAAAAUUAUUGGACAACUUUAAUUUUUUUACAAUGCUACUUUAUUUUUUUUUUAUAUACUGUAGACCACUUUUAUCCUAGAAACUUGCUCCUAUAUAUAAGUGUAGCACCUUUUCUGAAAUUCAGUUUUAUCUAUUUGGUAAUUACAUAUGUUAUUUUUUUGAUUUUUGAACCGUUAUUAAAAUAAAAACGAUUAAUCGGAAAAAAAUACGAUUUUGUUAUUUUAAAUAAGUACCUACCACGUUUUCUAGCACAAAUAUAUCUCUAAUUAAAAAACUCUAAUGAACCAUAUAUUUGUUGAAUUUUUUUUUAAUAAGCGUUUUGAAAUCAAAUUUAACUGAGAACUGUGCUCGGAAUCGUCUUGUCAAGCAAUGGUUUAUCGUUGUUUACAGAUAUAAAUGAAAUAACCUUAUGUAUCUUACCUUCCUAACUUCUCACAUACAACAGUGCCCGCUCCCAUCCCCAGUAUCAGCUCUUUAUUUUUUUGUUUUGAAAACAAAACCUUGUUCUAAAAUGUUGACUACAGUAAAUUCACACAGAAUAAUAUUUCAUAUAACUGCAGUAAGCUUUCCGCAACUGUGGCUAAAACAUUACUAUUUGGUGUGCCGAGUUCGACGAUCCUUUUGCAGUCACGAGUAUGAAUGAUUCGUUUUGUAGGUACUCGAAGCAAUUUAUUUUUAAGGCCGGCGUGUUCUUUUUAUAAAUAUCAUACACUCCGGGGUUAGUACAACGUUAUUUAUGUCACUUAUAUUGAAUCCAAGUGAUUCCGUCCCUGUAUACAUUCUCAAAUAUUUAGUUGUUUAUUCAACAAUUGUGUUUAUUGUUUACUAACUAUAUAACAAUGCCAGUUCCUGAUGGAUUCGUUACCAUGUAUUACGUUUUUAAACGAAAAAUAUAUAUAUUUUUAAUGUGCAUUGUGCAUGAUAUCGUAAAUACAAUCGCAACUCGUACUCAUCGCACAUUUUUUACUUUUAUUACACGUGGUCUGUGUUCGACAUACUAUUGUAUUUAUAUAUUUAUCAAUAGGUAACCAUAAUAAUUUUUGAAACAAUUAUAUUAUAAAUAUAUUAUAAUUAUUGUAAUAUAUUAUAUUUAAUAUUUUAAUGUUAUUUAUUUAUGAAUUGUGUGUCAACAAAAAUGAAAACUCAUCUAAAAAGCAUGCGCAUGCAAUCAUACAUAGGUAGGUAGGUACUUACCAAUAUUAAUAAAAUGUAUUCGAGUAUUUAGGGAAAUUAGGAUUAAUAGGUUUUAUUGGAGAGAUGUUUGAGAUAAAUAAAUAAUGGUAAUAAUAACAAUGAAAAAAAAAUUAAGUGUUGCCGUUAAAAAAAUUCAAAGCCAAAAUAAGUGGAAAGGUAUACAAUUACUACAGUAGGAAGCAUAUUACAUUAUAAUAUAUUAUGUUGUUGAAAAACAAAAAUUAUUAAUUGGUAAGUUCUUUAAGUUAAAAUCGUAUAUUAUGUUAAAUUUUGACGUACGGUGGAUAUUUCUUGGCGUAUCGUCUUGGCAGUGAGUAGAUAAUCAUUCUUAUUACUAUAUAGUGUUUUGGAGUAGGAGGGGUUGCGUCUACGUGAUUUUAUAAUAUUAUUAUAAUGUACUUCAACUUGGUGAUGUUAGUACUUAAACAACCCUCUGAUGAUCGAUAAACACGAUAUUUUUAAAAAAUAUCUCAGUAAAAUAUUGUGAAAUCAAUAACUUGUCGAGACUAUCGACAUUAUAAAAUUAAUCUCUCCUUGUUGUUUUAUACGAAUAAAAUAAAAAUUGAGACAGAAGGUGAUGUUAUUGUAUUAAUAUAUAUGUACAUUAAACUGGUAAAAUAAAAAUAAAAUUAUAUUUAAAAACUGCUCAUUUCAAAAAGAAUUAUAUGCUUCAACAUUAAAUUUGUUCCAAUCGGUAUGAUGAAUGUUUAGUAUAUGAAUGUCAAUCACGCAAAAAACGUAUAAAAAAUGUGUCACAUCAUGUUUUUAAAAUCAAAAAAAAAAGUAAUGUUUUUCUUCUUUGUAUAGCCAAUAUCUGACGAAUUAGUAAAAUUAAGAGUUUUUACACAGAACGUCACAAGGCUAAUCUACAACUAUUGGUAUCUGCUUUUUUUGUUCUGUCAGUGUUUAAAAUUCGAUGGUUUGUUUUUUAGUGUAAACAUGUAUUAUAUUAAAUUAAAGUAAUAAAUGUUGUUUUAUUUUGUAGAGAUAACAUUUUGUUUUGGUUUAAAAUUGUAUAAAUUAUAUAGUAUUUUAGAGACCAAAUAUUGAUGUGUUUAAAAUACUAACAAUAAGAAUAAUAAUCUAUAAUUUCAUCAAAAUAUUUCAUAGAUAUGCAUAUAUAUUCUUUUUUUUUUAAUUUUAUUAUUUAACAUAAAAAUUAACAAAAUAAUAAUAAAACAAACAAAAAUAACGGUUUAUAAAGAUGUAUAAGACAAGCACAAGAUAAUUAAAUCAAUUUUAAUUAUUUAAAGUAUUAGAAUCACCAAGGUAUAAUAAGUACAAAUAAUGAGUAUUAAUAUAUUAUAAUUUUUACUGUUAAUAUUUUAUUCUAUUAAUUAUUCUUUAAACAAAAACAACAAAUUUAUAAGAAACAAAUAAACAAUUAAAUUAUAUACUUAGAAUAUUAACAAAUUAGGUAAUAAUAUAUUAUUUUAAAUACUAUUUUGUACUAUGUUUUCUAUUAAAGUUUACUUACCUUUAUAGCAUAUAAAUAAUAUAGUAGUUGGUUGUGUUUCAACGGUAAAUGUGUAUUAUUUAAAGUACAAUCUCCAGGGUUGAAACCUGAAAUACUAUAGUCGUGAUUUGUCUGUAUUUCAAUUCAAUGAAAAUUAACUAAAUUUUAAUAAUAUUAAAUAUAAGAAUUAAUGUGUUUUUAAUGUAGUAAAAUGGUCAGAAUCUAUGUGAGUUUAUUGUCAAAAUAAUUGUUUAUAUGAAAUUAUAUAAAAACCAUGUCUAUUAGUUUAUUAUUAAAACUAUUUUAUUAUUUAGCUUAGAUAGGUCUUUAUUUUCAUUAUUAGUCAUGUAGCAGAGUGGCGCAGUGGAAGCGUGCUGGGCCCAUAACCCAGAGGUCCGUGGAUCGAAACCACGCUCUGCUAAACAAAUUUUUUGCAUUUUUUUUUUUCAUUAAUUUUUCCGUGAUUUAAAUUUUCAUAAAUAUUCUAAAUAGUAUAAUUUAUUUUUAUUCAAUUCUUUUAACGUACCUUUAGUUAUUUUAUUCAAUUUGACGUACAAAUAGAUUGUGCUUGCAAGUUAAAUAUUUUACGUAUCAUUUAUAUUAUUAGAUAUUAUAUUGUAUUCGAAAUAGAUUUUUUGUAAAUUUUCUUCGGUAAUCUCAUUUUGGGCCUAUUAAGUAAAUUAAAUUUACCAGAGCUGCACAUUGAGCACACGAGCGUCGUUUAAAAUUUAAACGGAAACAAAUUUGUUAAUAGCUUUAUGCAUCAUUCCCACCAGUGUACAGUAUACACUCUGGUAGAGCCGGAUAUUGUGUACUUACGAACACAUCACUUAUUAUAUAUUAUAGACACAUGUCAUCAUAUUACAUUAUGGGAUUACGUCAUUGCAUAGAUUUUUUUUUAUACAGAUGAUGGUGUUUGUUUAAUUAUCAUGGUUUCCCAUCUUUUUCUUAUUUUUUAAAAUUUUUUUUCUAAGAACUUAUGGUAUAUUACAUAAAGGUCAUAUAUAUACAUUUUUUUUUAAAUUAAAUUAAAAAUUAAUAAUCGUUCACGAUUCCUAUACUAUAAUGAACACAUUGAGAAAAUAUGUACAUGUUUUUUUCAAUAGUUGGUGUAAGGUUUCAACGGCAAUUCAAUUAUAAUAUUAUAGGUAAUAAUAAUAAUUACUUGUAAUAUUUUCCGCUGUAAUUUAUCCCCAACGGAAUUUAAACGGUUAGCUACAUAAUAAAAUACUAAAAAUAACGUACCUAGGUCAUAAAAAAUGUACGUAGUAUUUUAGUAUACUGAGUUUUUGUAAGCAUAAGAUUGUGAUAUAUUGCCCAUUUAUAAUAGUGUAGGUAGGUAUCAACAAUAGGACUUAACGUAAAUUACAUAUGAAAACACGUUUAUAAAAACAUAUGUGUAUGUCCUGUACUAUAUAGAGUUUACUAAAUGUAUAAUUUUUGAUUCUUAAAUGUACGUUUAAACCAGGGUUGGUAAAUAUACGCGUAUAGAACAUUUUAUACGUUACACGUAUAAUAGAUACAAAAUGACUAAAACUUAUAAAACUAACGACUAAAACAUUUUUUUUAAAUUUUUUUAUAUAGUGAUAAUACUAUAAAUUUUAAUAAGUAUUUAAUAAACUUAUAAAUUAAUAUAACAAAUUGCAUCAAUUUGGUGAAUUUUCUUAAAUUUAGAAUAAAAUAAAAACUAAAUAAAUUUUUUUUGGUAUUAAUGUAUUAUAUAAAUAUGAAUGUAAUUAUUAAUAAAGAAUAAAGAUGAACUUACUAAUUAAUAUAAGAUACAACAUAUAAGAUAUAUAAAAUGAUGAUUAAAUUCAAUUGACAAUUAUUUUACCUGAUAAUUUAUAUUCAGUUGUAGCAAAAAAAAUUGUAUACAGUAUAAAACGUAUGCAACUGAUAGUUUUAUAUUAUACGUUGUAUACAUACGUAGUUUUAUACUUUACUGUAUUAUACGUUCCAACCCUGGUUUAAAUUAUACCUAUACAAUAUUUUCACCGCAGACUGGAGUGAAUUUCGUAUACGGUUAUGUUAUACAUGGUUGAACAAAUAGUUUUGAGAUUUUUAAAGUACUUCACUUGUAAUAUUGCUUUUUUUUUUCAUUUAAGGCCAAAUCAUUUCCAUAAUAAUGAACCUGCAGGUAUAUUUUUAAUUAAAUCUUUAUGUUCAGUACGAAUAAAUCGUAACUGAAUCUUAAAUAAUUAUUAACUACCUAUAAUAUAACUAAUAUUACUAUGCAUACUAUACUACGGUGUUGGAGAGGAAAGGAGCAAAUGCUAUCAUUGUCCACGACCCUGAAUGUUCAUUCAUACUCUUUUUAGUAUACUUAAAUAGAUAAUAUUUACAUUAUAUUUGAUAUGAGUUAUUAUUAUAUUUUCUGUAUUAAAUAUCAUGAGUUUUUUUUUGUUUUAUUAUCAUUGAGAUUAUAAUAUGUAUAUUAUUAUGAAUGUACUUAUUUUUUUAUUUGUUAAAACAAAAAUCGAACGUACAUCGUAAUUUUAGAGGAAAUGUGUAUAAUAUUAUUAUGAUAAUGAACACAUCCUGUACAAUAGUGUAACCGCCCUAUGAAUCAAGACGUGAUUAGACCAUUCAAUUAUUUCAUUAUUACGCACGGACGAAGAGAAAAGGUCAACGAUUGCCCAAAACGUUAUUAUUACCAACUGAAUAUUUCAUUAUCGCACUUAAUCAUUAGUAAAAUUGUUUCGCAAAUAGUCAAAAACACCAAACAUGUACAGUUAUACGUUGGUAGUAACUGAAGUCACAGCUAGCAUAUAUUCUGAAAACUAAUUCGCUGAGAGUUGAUAAUCAACAAAUUUAAACAUUUUUAACUAUAGAACUAGUAUAUUAUGAUGCAUAAAAAGUAGCAUUUUUAAAAUUUCCGGAGGGGAAGGGGGUUUAAUCCCAAACCCCCUAUAUGUGUUUGGAACAUAGUAGCUUAAAUACUAAAUAAAUUGUUUAAGAGAUUAGAUACCGAAACCAAUGCGGAGCAUAGCAAUUUAGACCAAUUUUCAUGCAAUCAACCCGAUCGAUGUAGUGAAGCGAUACAAAUUCUAAAAAACGGAUUUUAAUUCAGCGUUGAAGUGUUUAAUAUACGGUUAGCUUAAUUUUUAUUAUUAUUAUAAAACAAAAAAAACAUAGGAAAACGGGGAAAGAUUACGGAAAUAACAAUUUCAUUAUUUUCGAAUUUUUUUUUUUAUUGUAGUUCGGUUAAAAGUAGUUUCAAUUGUAUUUGCAGUGAUUGUAAAGACCCAACAUUUUCACAGACUACUUGGUAGCACUUUCUAGAUGUGAUAAAAUGUUUAAAACAUUGUGGCUCUUUUGAGCUAUUUAUAGGCAUUUGGAAUUUUCUAAUUUUUUUAGUUUUUAUUUGGUUUUGUGUGAACAAAUGGUUUUUGUUGCGUAGAAAUGUUUGAUAAUUUAACUCGAGGUAAACAAUAAGUUAUUUUCGGUGGUAAAAAAAAAAAAAUUAAUAAACGUAGUAUAGUAGAUUUUUAAACGAUUUUCUAAAUUAAAAUUUUUAUGGAAAACAUAUUUAAUUAAACUUCACUCAGAAUCCCUUUUCGUUUGCAACGAUUUAUCGUUACGUACAGAUAUUUUGUUUAAAUAACUAUGCAUCAUAUCUUCCGAACUUCACAUAAGAAUUAUUCAUGAUCUAAUAAUUAUUUUUUUUACUAGAAUUAUCAUAUCUGUUCUCAACUAUAGGCUAUAUGACUUAAUAAUAUAAAAUUAACGCGAAGAGAAGAAAACAAAACAUUUCUCGAACUAUAUUAUUUUAAUUGUUUAAAAAUAAUUAAAAUAUAUUUCGAUUAAAAUGUACCGAAUCGAAUUGGCGUUUUUUUAUAGGUACUUAUAUAUAGAUUACAUAGAUAAAGAAAAGGAACCGGUGACCUAGAAUAUUAUCUUGAUUAAUAGUAUAUAGAUGGUUUAGAUUUUUUUCUUCGAUAGUAUCUACCUUGUACCCAGUACCUACCUACUUAUACCUAUUUAAUUACUAUAGAACUUCUGUUUCAGUUGAAUUAUUAUGACAUUUUUUUCAUAUUAUGCAGGUGUUUUAUUAUGCACGGAUAUCUGACAAAAUGCAAUAACUUUUGUUUUGUUGAUUAUUUUUAAGUUAUUAUUUUUUGUUAUAAUUCUAUGAUUUUUAUAUUUUAUAGUUUUUGAAAAAAAUAUUUUGAUGUUACAAAUGUUUACCGAUGAUUUGAACCAAUUUGCUGAAGUUUAGGAUGGUUUAAAUUUUUUUCACUGCCACUACUAAAUAAUGUCAAUCGAGUCACCAAUUUUUCCAUGAAAAAAAAUAUUACGUAGAAUAUUAACGACUCAUCAUUAAUAAUUAUUUGUAAAAUUAAUAUGUUGUUUUAAAAUUGAUUUAUAAAAUGGCCAUCUUGGAUUUUGUAAAAAAAAUAAUUUGUUAUAAUAUUUAAAUGACUUAUUUAUAGUUUUAAACAAAUAUAUAAAAUAGAAUAAUCACAGUGCAAGGUUAUAGUAAUUAUUACAAAAAAAAAAAAAAAAAAAACUUAAACUAAUAUCGUAUAGUAUUCGGUAAAAUAAAAGUAUACCCAUGGGAAUCCAUUGGUGAUAUUUCAGAGGGAGCGUCAUGCAUUUGAGCGAAUUACUUUUUUCCCGCAUAAUAAAAACAGUGAUGGUUUGGGCGAGUUCCUCAUUAUGUGUUUGAGGGAAUUUCUAAUAACGUGUUUAUAAAAGAUAAAAUGUAAACAAUACAUAUGUCAUUCAAUACCUGCAUAUCAUAUUGGUUACAAUUGGUUUUUCUAUAUUAUUAAUUUUAUAAGAUAACAAAAAUUGCGAUUUUCUUGUAAGCAAUAUUUUAUUGAUUUAAAAUUAAUAAUUAUAGUUUUUCUAAUUUCGGGUUUUAGUUAUUAGUAUUUAAUACUAAUUCCAAGUUAUUAAUAAUUAUAAGUCGUAUACCAAAUGUGGAUUAUAAAAUUAAAAACGCUUUUAUUACAAAACGAAAUUAACGAUGCAUUUCAAUUGAAAAUGUUUAAUCAUACUCGUGAAAUUUACAGUCUCAAGUCUGUCAAAAUGAGAGGGAUAAUGGAUCAUUAUAAGUUGCCCAAACACAUUACAAAAUUUUCUUCGUCUUAAUACAAUGACAUUUUUAUAAACUCGUCUAAACUCAAACCGCCCUUCAGAAGGAGUCAAAAAAAAAAAAAAAAACUUAAAAUGUAUAGUUUAAAUAUAAAUUAAAUUAUUAUUAUCAUUAAACUAUUAAUAAGUUCAUAUUUUUUCAGGGUAAGGGCAAGUACUUUGUUUUACUCCCCUUCAUUGGCGCUUAUGCCUAUAUCAACUUAAAAUUGGAUUAAUUAAUUUACUUUUUAUCAUUUCAAAAUACAUUAAUAAAAUAUCAUGUAAUACGUAGUAUACCUAUUUAAUGAUGACGCGUGAUGCGUAUUCUGAAUUGAAAACCGUUUUUUUGUUGGUUUUUUUUUCUAUCAUUAAUAACAAUAAUUAUUACUAUUAUAAGAUAAUGAAACGCAUAGUCAUUCGCAAUACUUGAAACUAUCGUUUUGAGGGUCGUCGCCGGUGCGGUAUUAAUGAGUUAAAUAAAUUAUAAAUUAAAAAAAAAUAUAUUUAUAAUGUCUUAGUAAAUACAUAUCUUCCUGUUGUAAUGACUAUAAUGACUGAUUUUAUGAGUAAGACAAUUAAUAAUAAAAAAAAGAAACCAAAAAUGAAUUGAUUAUUUUAAUAUUUAUAAUGUGAAAAACAUGUAAUUUACUGUAUUUGCGGCACAUAAAUAAUUUAUUCGUAAUUCGAUGAAAUAUUGCAAUGGUAGCUAUUAUAUUAUUAUAUUUAUAUUCACCAAUAUGUAUUAUUAUUGUAUUCAUUCGUUUAAACGAAUUGCAUUUUGUUUUUUUAAACAAUUUUGCCGUACAAUAUUUGUUUGAAAUUAUUUAUACACGUAUUGCACGCGUAUACAUUGCUAUGUCUAAUCAGCAUAUGUAAUAUUGUAAUAUAAUUUGUAUAUUUCGUGUAUACAGUACACUCAUAUAAUAUUGUAAAGAGUAUACUAAAUUGCAUUUAAUAACUUUGUUUUUAAUAUUAGUAUACGUUUCAGCGCUGCUGUCUGCUGCAUUCGUAUAAAUAACUGAGUACGUCCAGAAUGUGCAUUUACAGUUUCUAUGCGAGUUCGACCCAAGCCGGAAAUAUUGUAUCCAGUAUGGUUUCAGAAGGUUUUAAGAGGUUUUAGGAGUUGUACAAAACGCAUAGCCUGCUUGUUGGUUCAAAACUGACACUGUUCUAAGGAAGUUAGAGUCCUAUAUGUGUAAACCUAAACCUAAUCAAUGAAAAACCAUAAUUCGCAUACCGCUUGGGUCGAACUCGGAUACUAGUGACACACUGGCAAAUUUUAAAUAGGGAGGGAGGUGAAAAAAAAACUGCCAAUACAUUACUGGGGUUUUGUACAUGUUUACUAUGCAUAGCUAUAAAUAUCAUGCUCCUCGCAGCCACUGUUGUUGGUGAAAAGUUGGGAAGAUAAGACAUAUUGGGUAACUUAAUCCAUAUCUAUAUGCUACAAUAAUAAACCGUUGUUAACGAAAAACAAUUCUGAGCGAAGUUUAUUUAAUCAUGUUUUGAUAAACUUAAUAAACUAAUAAUCUAAAAAUAUACACCAUUAAGACUAAAGCAACAUAAACAUGAAAGAAUUAUGAUAAAAACAUACUAUCAAUGGGAGGCAUGCAUAUCGUGGCCCCCUAACUAUACAUUUGACAGAUACGGUCAUUUAAAUACAGAUCUCGAUCUGUUCAGUUCGAUCAUAUUCCGAACAGCUUAAUCGAGAUUUUAACUUACUGACGGUACGAUUAAAUCGCGUAAUUUCUAUUCGGUCGUCACGAACGCGUGUUUUGACACCCGUAUUCGGUUAAUUAUUUCGUCAUAGUCGUGGUUGCACGAUGGAUACUACGGACUGAUAUGGAAAACUGAACUGCAAACGGCCGUUUAUUAUUGGUAAUAUUUAGGCGUAUUUUGACGAUUUUGUUUUGAGCAACCCUGUUACUAAUUUAGAGAAAAAACGGUUUUGACAGCUAUUUUUUGCCAUCUGAAAAAGUUAAUUUUCAACCUUCAGGUUUACCGGAAUCAGCAAACAAUUGGAAACUACAUUUACUUAGUCGUCGACUACUGGGGUUAUUCAUUGGUAAAAUGCUGUUCUAUUAAAAAAAAUAAAAAAAAUUACGUUUUAGCGAUAUUGUGACCAAGUAGCGAACAACGCAGCAAAUUGCAGUUUACCGAAAACCAUAUUGUGAAAACAUGCUUGUUAUAUUAUUUACGGGCUAAUCAAUUCAACCGAACCGGACUGAAUGGAACGGAGUCAGUGUGUUCGCUCUUCUUAAAACGGAACAGUAACACAAUAUUCGUACAUUUAUUAUUUUGUUAUUGGUAUUAUUUUGUUUCGGUGUAUACGCCAGGACUGUUAAUAAGCAAAUUAAUUAGCGCGUUGUUCCGUCCGUGUGUGCGUGUGUAUAGUUUUAGUUUAAAAUCGUUUAGUUUUUUUUUUCCCUCAGCCAUUUACUUACACGAAAGCGGUCGACUGUGACCACCCUCCCUGUUUAUAAUUUUGGGUUACGUGUGUAAUACGGUCCAGCCCGCCACGAAACAUUGUGGGUGUUCAUUAUAUUAUUUACGUGAAUGAAAAAAUGAACAACGAAUAGAUCAUUUAUAUUGCUUUGGACCAAGUGUUUAGCUGCUGCUGCAGUCGUUUGAAACUCGUAUCCGUACCGACUCUGCCAUAUGCACUGCACUCGUGAACCCUACCGCGGCGUGAAACCAGUUUGUAAUAAUAAUAUUUUCCCGGCGUUUUGAACACCACCGUCAUCAUCUCGAAUACAUACCGUCAGUUAUUCAUCAAACGGUCCAUUUUUUUUCUCCGUUAAAUUAUAAUAUACAAUUCGUGACACUGUUUUUAUAAAUUAUCGUGUUAGCCGCCACGGUGGUUCACCACAGAAUCGAAACGUACAAUUCUAUACAAUAUCAAACUUAUCCGCCUAUUUAAUAAUAUCCGCGCGAAUAUAAUAUUUUGUUCGCUUUAAAAUAUUUAAAACGUAUUAUUAUCGUAAUAUCGUAAAUCCGCAUCACAGUCGGUUUCGUUGUCUUAUUUUUUACCCCAUUGUAUAUACAAGUACUAUAUUAUGUACAUUGUUGAAUAUCAAUUGAGUACAUGUAUACAUUAAUAAAGAGGCUAAUUCUAUAUAGGUAUCCAGUAUAAUUUCGGACGUUUUUAUUAUAUUAUUUACUAUCGUUUCUGUAUAAUACCGAGUAUUUUUUCGGCAUAUUUAGUUUCGUUUCGGCGCAGCAUAAAAUAAUAUGUGUAAUGUAUAUAUUAAAUCACCUAAGCCGCUUGUAUUUUGAUUCAGGCACGUCCUAUUCGUAAAAUAUUAUAUUACAUUUUAUUUAUUAUGUAAUAUUAUCGCGUAGGACUGUGUGGUAUCGUUAGGCUGGCUUUCUAUUGGGGGUCGGUUUAUAUACGUGAUUUGAAUAUCUUCGGCAUUAUAAAUAUUAUUGUUUUAGGUAUACGGCGGUUUUUAGACUUGUAUUAUUGUUAAGGGGCCCAGUAACUAACAUGUUUUGUUUUCUCUGUCCAUCGCGCGCAUAAUAUACAGCAACAAUAAAAAGAUAUUUUGCAUUUCAAUGAUCGUGAUUCUGAUGGUAUUGAGUUUAGGGCACACAGGGACCUCGUAUUAUACGUUUCAUUAACAAGAGUAAUGUUUACUGAGUGGAUUUAGGGAAAGAUUUUCAUUUUUUAUCAAGAUAUUUAAUGGUUAAAAUUAAGUGAACAAUAAGUUAAAAACACAAUAGUAAUAAUAAUAAUAAUAAUAAAAAUAAUCAUUUGUAGGACCCUUAAAAUGUAUAAAAAUUAGGUUUAUUUGUCCUAAACUCAACUUGCAGAGUGUCAUAGUAGUGAUGGGAAAACGAAAUACUUUUGUUGUUAUAUUACGCGAGACAGACAGAGAAAGUAAAUGUUAGUGCAGAGGACGUGAUACCCGCAUUUACAGUUCAACUAAUGUGCAACAUUUAGGUUGUAAUUAGAGUUAAAACUUGAAUUACAAAAUUUAAAGUGAAGAACAUUUUCAAGUGAACUACGUUACUUUUUCCUAAAAUAUUGUCAACCAAAAGAAGUUUUUGUUUUCAUAAAAUAUCUGUACAAUAGGCAUUGGCGCAAUUUGGGGAUGCAUAGCACCCCUAAAUUUUUUCUUGCAAUAGAAAGCUUAUCAAUUUUUAGGCCACAUCAUCGCCAAAUGCAACAAUGCAUAUUUCAAAAUUUGACAAAAUAAGAUUAUCAAUGUUAAUAAAACAAGUGAUUUUGAGCAUUUAUUGAUCAGGGAAAUUUUCUAUGCGAUUAGCGAUUACUCUGUUAUUAACAAAAAUGUUAAUAUUAUUAAUUGUAUCAUUCUUAUGUACCAACAUAACAUUGAAAAGCCCCUCCUGAAAAACUUCAAAACUGAGAUAUUAAGCAUUGUUGUACUUAAGUGACGAUAUAAAUGAUCAGCUGUAGGAUUAACUAUUUCUAUAAGCUCGGCUACAUGUGAAAGGUCUUUUUCAUCUAUGUGCCGUAUAAAGAAUUGACUUAGGACAAGCAUGGGACAAGCAAAAUUUACAGAUUUAUCAGUUAUUAAUAUUGGGAGAGAUCUAAGCACUAAAGUUAUAAAAUAAAAAAUAAUUUUGUUACGUCACAAAAACGCAUAUCUUUAAUAUAAUAUUGAAAUAAAAAUAAAAAAGUGUACUUAAUGAUCAUAUUAAGUUAGUACGAUGAAUGUAUAAAUGAUUUGAGAAGGGGUAUGGGGGAAAAGUCCCCACAGGUCACUUUGGUCAACAUAAAUCUAGCAACUUGUUACAUUUAACCCGAAUUGCACCUAUGACCAUGGAUUGGCCACUACAGUUGAAGAUGGUAAGUUUGAAAGAUAUAGGAUACAUAUAGGAUAAUUUAGUUUAUAUACGCAACAAGGAUACAUCAUUGCAAUCGAGAAAGACGAUUAAAAGCGAAGCUGGUAAAUAUGAUGUUAUGAUAAAGCUAUAAUAAUAUAGUAUUAUCCUUUUGUAUUCAAGAUAACCUAGAAAUCGACAGAAAUAAAGCCAAUAUAUCAUUAUUAUUUUGUUUUUAGUUUUUAAAUUAUUUUUAGAAAACUUGUUGAAAAUGUAGAUUUAUUUUUCUCUUUCAAAUAAAAUACUACCGCAUCCGGUAAUCCGCAUAUGUAAUAUAAGAUUGAAUUUGAGCAUAUUGACUAAUUGAAAAUAUGAAAAAGUGUUUUCCACGGAGAAAAAACACAUCUUAUAACUAAUUUAGUUUCUUCUUCACACUCUGAAUCUAAGAUACACUACGAUUUUAAUUCUGUACAAAAUCACAACGAUAAUCUCAGAAAUUUUUAAUAUUGUAUCCAUUUUGGUACAUAUAAUUCGCAAGUUUGUUGUAUAUUUUAAAUUUGUCUAUAUUAUAAUUCACUCUUUAUGGCUGCAGCAAGACCUCGGUUUUAAUUAUUUAUUAAUGUAUAUGACAUUGGCUUAUCUAGGUGUUUUGUUUUGUUUUGUAUUUUUUUUAAUUCUUUUGUUCCAAACUUGAAAUAAAUUCUUAAUUGUUACAUAGAUAUUUAACUUAUUAACGUAUUAAUAUAAAUGCGAUACCUGCGUAAACAUAUAAUUUAAAGCUAAUAAUUCCUAUUUAUAUAAAUAUAUUAUUCAAACGAAUUAAAUAUUGUUUAAAUUUUCGUUUUAUAACGGGUAAUGUACAUGGGUAACGUCGUAACAAUUUAACAGUAACAUUAUUUAUGAUAAUGUGUGAAACGCGCCCAAUAUUUCUCAAAACAAUUAAAAAACGGGGAAAACAUAAUACAGAUUCAAUAAUUUUGAUUUGAAUACGAACUCGCGAAUUUCAUUAAAAUUUAAUCAAUCAGUACUGUACCUAUUAUAUACUGAUUUUUAAAUUGUUGUGUAAUUACAUUGUAUUAUACGUACGCCUUUGUAAUUAAAUGUAUUUUAUGGGGAAAAAAAAAAAAACAUUCAUUCAUCCAUUUUUUUCAUGCUAUAGUGUUAGUAUAUAGUAAUGUUUAUUAUUUCUAGGAUAACUAGGUUUACUGUGUUUACAAACAAGGUUGGUUUAUAAUAAUAUUAUUAUCGCCGUCAGUAUGUCCUAGAGAUAAAUUCGAUCUUCUGUCGUUGGAAAGUAUCGGUCUAUUAUAAUAUACAUAUUAUAAAACCAAAACCAAUAUGUUAUUUUAUAACGAAAGGUAUUCAUAAUAUAUUAUCGUAACUUUUAUGUGGGCAGUGUAUAUUAUAUUGUGAGUCAUAAUUCCCCGUUAACCUCCUCGGUUAGCUCUCAGUCGAGGUCAACCGUUCGCGUUGAAUCUGCAUCUUAGCGCUGCGAAGGGAAACCAUUUAAUACAUAUAAACAUGUACGUACCUACUGACACUUCACUUGUAGCAUAUUUAUAAUAUUUAUAUAUUUAUUUUUCUUGUACCUACUCGUCUGAUAAAAAUACGGUAUGAUGUCAGACUACGAAUAAUGGCCAAUCCAAAUUAUUUACCACGAAUAUUAUUUUACUUUAUAAUUGUAUCGUAUGCAGCAAAAAAAAAAAAAAAAAAAAAAAAAAUAAUAAUAAGAAUAAAAAAAUCUAACAGCACAAUAAAAUAUGAUGUGAUAUGAUAACUAUAUGUGUGCUGUUUUAACAUCCUGCAUCACUGCAAUUAUUCGCAUAUAAACACAUUCUGUUUUAUUAUUUUUUUUAUUACUUUUAUAAUAAAGUUUCCAACAAUAAAUUGAUUCAAUAAAAUAAACAUCACUCUUGUAUUUCAUAGCUAAAUUUGAUAAAAGAUAUUUAUAAUAUUCACUCAUAACGAACAUAUUAGUACAUUCUUUAAAUUGUGGGCUUGGUGUAAUAAUUGAGAGUCAUUACUCAUACCAAGUACCUAUUUAGAAUUAUUUACAAGAAAAAUUAAAUUUUCAAUUAUGUUUAAACUUUUAAAGACAAAUAUUUUGGUUUUGGAAGUUAUAAAAUAUCAGAAUGUAAACCGUACACCAAUUAAUUAUUUUAACAAAUAUCCCAAUAUUGAGAAAAAUAAAAUUCUAAAAUAAGUAAUUUCUUUUUCUUAUUAUUAUUAUUAAGUUUACAUAAUUAUUUUUUUGAGUAAUUAAAUUUUUAGAAACCGUGUGUUUUAAUUUUUAUAUUUUAAUUGAUCUGUUUUUUUUUUUUUUUAUUAAAGUAAUAGCGAUAGGUUAAUAUUGUCAGAUAUGUACUAUAAUUGGUAUCGAUAAAAUAAUAAUACUUAUAUGACUGACCAGAAUAUAUAGUUAUUAUAACUUUGAACAGUUCGAACAGCAUAUUAGUAAUAAACAUAAUAGUAUUUUCGGUUUUCUCUUGUGGAUUUAUAUAUAUAUAUAUAUUAUACAAUAUGGUACGAUCAUUUUUUAUUUUUUAAUGAAAUCUCUCUCUCUCUAUAUAUGUCAAUUCCACAUAUAUCAUCUGUACAAAACAUUUAUAUUACUUAUUAUUCGUUUACUAUUUUAUAUUUUUAUCAUAUUUAAUUUUUAAAAAAUUUAGUUUUUUUAGAAAAUUGUUAAAUUGCCUUUAUUAUAUAUUAUCAGAAUUUAAAAUGAUUGUUUAUUGUUUUUUUUUUCAGGAAAGGGUUCAAGCAAAAGACCCACCAGCCCAUUAUUUGUUUAGACUCCGUACAUAUUUGGAUCCAAAAGCUUCUCGAAGUUCAAGAGUAAGUGAGUUUUUGAUUAAAAAAGAAAAUAUUAUAAUUAUCAAAAUAACUGUUUAUAAUAAUUCCAUUUACACAUUAAUGAACAAAAUGUGUUGUCAUUUAAACAAUCUCUUAUAUUUAUAUAUAUAUAUAUAUAAAAAAAAAAACUAUAAUAUUUUAUACAUUAUAUAUUUUACAGAAAAGAAAAAUGGUUGGCGACGCCACUUCUACACAGGUGUUACGAGAUCUAGAAAUAUCUCUGAGAACAAAUCAUAUAGAGUAAUAUUUAAAUUUAUGUAAAUAUACAGCGUGAUCAGAAAUUCAUGUUUAAAAAAUAAUCAGGGAUAAACAUAAAUUAAGACCAUCACCCUUGAAUGCAAUAUUUCAAUGCCUCUCUCAUCCUCGUAGAAAAAUAAAAGAUUGUUUUAAUAAAUUUGUACAUCGAGUGGCGGAAAUUUUUGAGCAGUUAUCAUACAAGUGAGCACCACAUAUAUUUUCUUAGGUCUUGAGCCAUGGCCACAUUCCCAAUUUUGAAACCUGUAUCUAGUUUAAGAUUGCGUACACUUUUUUUUAUAAAUGCUAACAUUGUUAUGCAAUGUGAAUUUUUGAUCUUGCUGCAAUAUAAUAUUUAAAUGCUGUAUAUUGAAUUAAAUUAUAGAAAUAACCAAAUAAUCUAAAUUUCAUAACAAAUAGGUGGGUUCGUGAAUUUCUUGAUGAUCAAAAUCAUGGCCUGGAUUCACUGAUUGACUAUCUAAGCUUUAGACUGGUGAUGAUGCGGCACGAACAUAGGGCUUGCAUGGACGUGACUAAUGUUUCAACUGAAAAAAUCGCUCAUGGUACCUUUCCUAGUUGGUUUUUUAAGUAAUAUAGUUUGUGAAAUCAUAUAAAUUUUGUUUUAUUUAGUAGGUAUUAAUCAUAUGCACACAAAUGGGAUGAGUAACGGUAAUACAACGAAUCACACAAGACCUACUUUGGAUAUAUUAAAUAGCCCUGGGAUCAAACGUAGAUCAAGACAUGCAGCAAAGUUAAAUAUGGGAGAUACGAAAGACGAUAUACAUGUUUGCAUAAUGUGUUUACGGGCUAUUAUGAACAAUAAGGUGAAGUUAUUAAUUAUUAAUUUUUUUUUUUCAAUUUUAAGAAACAAAUAUUUCAGUUGAAAUUAUUUUAAAUCAGGAUUUGAAGUUUUGUUUUACAAAUACAUUUAAUAUAAAAUCAAAAAUACCAUUUGUUUGACCUAAACAUUUUCUUUGUUUGUAUAUUUUAUUGAUUAUAUAUUUGAACUUUAAUCAAGAUUGGUACAUUUUUUUGCCAGUUUUGUGGCAUUUUCAUUAAGGUCUUGUGCAUAUUUUGUUUAUGUAAGGAAUGACCUUUAAAGGUUAAUAUGCAUUUUCAACAUGUGUGUAUAUAUAUAUAUGUAUAUUAUCUGUUUCCUCAUUACAAUGUAUUUAAAAUAAUAUGUAGUGGACAAAUAUUCUUUACUGCUGUUACUGGAAUUUUAAUUGUAAAAGAAACAAAUUACUAUAAAUAAAUCAAAUUUUAUGAAUAAAGUCUGUUAAUAAAUAUACCUAUCUUAUUAUAUUUUGUAUAAAACAAACACAAAUAUAUUUUGGAAAAUAAAUAACAGUUAUUUUGAUUAAGGCCUCAUAACAAUUUUACAUCAAUUCCUUAAUUGUAGAAUACCAACAAUACAUUUUAUAUUUCAAAACAAAAAUUGUUAUUAUAAUUAAAAAAAUAAAAUAUGUACAGGUAAAAGUUCAUUAUAAAUUUAUCAAUUUAUGUAAGACCAUGAUUUAAAGAUUAUAUGUUUUUUUAGCAUUUUAAUCAUUUUAAUACAUUGUUACACAUAAAGUGUAUGAAACCUACUUCAAAAAAUGUAUUUUUUCAUGAUUUAAUUUAUUGUUGCAGUAUGGAUUAAAUAUGGUCAUUCAGCAUACUGAUGCAAUUAAUAGCAUAGCUUUGAGUUUAAUGCACAAGAGUUUGAGGUAUAUAAUAUUAUUAUGAUCUGUAUUAUUAUCGUGAAUGUGUAAUUUAUGUGUUUGUUUAAAUUUAUUUAGAACAAAAGCUUUAGUACUGGAACUUUUGGCUGCUAUAUGUCUAGUCAAAGGUGGUCAUGAGAUCAUUUUAUCUGCAUUUGAUAAUUUCAAAGAAAUCUGCCAGGAAAAGAAACGUUUUCAAACUUUAAUGGAUUAUUUUAUAAAUUAUGAAGUUUUUCAUAUAGAAUUUAUGGUAUAUUCAUAUUUUUAAAGAAUUUAUUAAGUAAACUAUAAUAUGAAAAGUAUAUUAUCUGUAUAAAUAAAAUGUUUAGGUUGCUUGUAUGCAAUUUAUAAAUAUAAUUGUACAUUCGGUGGAAGAUAUGAAUUUUCGAGUUCAUCUGCAAUAUGAGUUUAGUACACUUGGACUUGAUGAAUACUUAGACAAACUUAAGCAUACAGAAAGUGAAGAACUACAGGUUCAAAUUUCAGCGUACCUUGAUAAUGUGUUUGAUGUAGCAGCCUUAAUGGAAGACAGUGAAACUAAAACCGCUGCUUUAGAAAAAGUUGAAUCUUUCGAGGAUGAACUUGCACAUGUAUGCAUAAUAAUUUGUUGUUUUUUAAAAAUAAUAUAUCAAUAUAUGUAUAUAUAUAGAAGGUAGCUGAUAAAUUAAAUAAUAUUCAUUUAAAUUUUUAGGCUCAUGAUAGGUUAGCUGAAUUAGAACGUGAAUCAUUAGCUCAAUUAGCUGCAUUAGAAAGUGCCCUUGGCAUGGCUCGGGCAGAAAGAGACGCUGCAGCUGAAAGUAAACGUGCAGUUGAAGAAGAAGUAGCAACUCUAAGAAGGGUUGUUAAUGAUCAAAAACGAGAAUCUCAAUCUAGGCAGUCCAUGUUAGAAGAAAAAAUUCAAGAACUGAUCUCACGAGGAGCUCAACCAGAUUUAAGUAAUUUAAUUUUAUUUGUAUAUAUUACAGAUUAAGAACUAAAGGCAAGAGUGAUAAUAUAAACAUUUAUGAUAAAUCUUAAAAAAAUAUAAUUUUGGUGUAAUAAAUGUUGGUAUAGUUAACUAAUAAUUUAUUAUUAUUGUUCAGGCUCUAGCAGUGGUAUUUCGAGUUGUUCUUCAACGGGCAGCAAUAGUAUAUCUGCAUCUCCACCACCACCUCCUCCUCCCCCACCACCACCUCCAUCAUUACCACAACUAGCCUUUUCAGCUGCAGUGCCUCCCCCACCACCUCCACCAAUAUCACCAAAACCUGUGGGCAUACCUGCACCGCCACCUCCUGCACCACCUUUAGCAGGCACAAUGCAAGCACCAGAUGGUGCUAUGACAAUUAAGAGAAAAGUAUUAACUAAAUACAAAUUACCAACUCUGAAUUGGGUUGCAAUGAAACCAAAUCAAGUAUUUUAUUAAAUUUACACAAUUUAAAUUUGUAAUUGUGCCUAACUUUUUUUCAAAAAAAAAAUAUAGGUCCGUGGUACAAUUUUCAAUGAACUAGAUGACGAUAAAUUACAUUCUGUAAUAGACUUUGGUCAGUUUGAAGAGAAGUUUAAAUUAACAGCUGCUGGUCGAGCUUUGAUUAAUGGCGAUUCUGAUCAACAUGAUGGAUUAAUGACAUAUCCCAGUAAGCGAAUGAAAAAACAAGAUAAUAUAUCUGUUCUAGAGCAUACACGUUUAAGAAAUAUUGGUUAGUAUACAACAUUAAAUAUUAAGUACACAAAAUAUAUGCUAAAUUAUAUUUUCUAUUAGCUAUUUCAAGAAGAAAACUCGAUAUGCCCAUGGAACGUAUCAUAAUGGCGGUAAAUUCUUUAGACUUGAAACAGGUACCUUUGGAAAGUGUAGAAAUUCUUCAACGUAUGAUUCCUACUGAUCAAGAGGUAAAUUGUACCAUAAUCAAUUAACAAAACAAUUAAUCGAAAAUUAGCGACCCGGUUUCAUUGUUUUAAUAUGUUCAACUUCUGUUUUCUAUCAGAAAUAUUACUCUAAUAAAAAAAUAACAAGAAAUCGAUAAAUAAAUUCGUUUUAACAUAUAGCCGCUGACAGAGAAAAUUGGUUUUUGAUUUUCUUUGCAGUUUUUUUUAGUAAUUAAGCAAAACCAAAAAAUACGUAAAAAGAACCAUGAAAUUAACGAAAAUAUUUUUUUAUUUAUUUAAAUUUUGUUUUUGUAAUGUUAUUUAAUUAAAAAUAUUCGCAGAGGCAGAAAUUUUGACAGACAUUAUAUCUGUCUUUUAUAGACGUUGUUAAAUUUUCAAAACAUUUGAGCCAUUUUUAAGUUAUUAGGCAUUUUAAUUUGCGAGUUUUAUAGGUAAUUUUAAUUUGGUAGGUAUUCUAUAGUGUAGAUAAAUUGUUAGACCUAACAGAGAUGCUUGACAAUUUGAUAUGAUAUUCACUAUAAGUCGUACUUAAUGGAAAACCAGAAUUUAGUUUAAUGUAUUUUUUUUUUAAGAAUUUUAAAAUCAAAUUUUAACGAGAAUCGUAAAUAUUAAGGCCUUUCAAAAAUGUAUAAUUGAACUUGUUGACGAAUAUAACCGAAUCGGUUAUAACUUGUUGACAAUCCGUUUUUUAUUAAUAUUGGUUUAUCGUUGGUUACAAAUAUAAAUUAAAUAACUUUAUGUAUCCCACCUUCCCAACUAUCCACCUACAAUAGUAGGUUGCGUUCUGGGAAUUUUUCAAGCUGAACACCAUUUUUCGUCCAAUUUGACUGGGCUGUGAUAAAAACAAGCAGUUUUAAUUUAUGGAAAAGAAAAAUAAUAGUUAUUUGAAACAUAGUUUAAAAUUUUAUCUGUGAACCAUUCCAUAACAGUAAGAAGAGAUAGAAUAUAAUAACUCGAUGUGUAAUAAAUCCCAAAAUAAAUGUUUGAUAACAAUGCAACCUUUUACCUGCUACGUUGAUGUCGUGUGUUGGUGGCGGCAUACAGAUUGAACCGCUCACAGUAAUGAUCAUUUACGACUAAACACAGACGAGUUUAGAAAUUGCCUAAACAUUAUCCCUUAAUAAAUUAAAAGUAGAAAGCGUGACCUCCGCGGUUCUUGGAAAUCUGUAGCAUACACACGCGCAGUCACAAGUCCCUCUAUUUUGCGAACAAAAAGUUUUAACUUCAGCGGGACCAUGAAAGACACUAUAAGCCAAAGAAAAAUUCUCACAGUACCGAUAACCCGAUUUUAAUUUCGAAAACAUAUUUGAAUUCUUAGCUAUUUUUUGUAAGAAAUUAAUUUUCGAUUUGUUGUAUUGUUGGUUGAUUAUAGUACCAAAUGUAUUUCUCCAUAAUAUUUUAAAGAUUAACUUUUACUAUAGUGUAAUUAAAAAUAAAAAUUAAUUUUCUAUAAAACAGACAAGAAGCUAACUAAUUGAAAUAUAUUUUCAAAAUUAAAAUCAGACUUCUGGAAGUAUGUGUUUUUUUCCGCUUAAUGGUCUAAAUGCACGAAAUUAAUAAAGUAUACAAAAUAAUAUAUAGGUAAACUAAUUUAUAGUCAGAAAAAAGAAUGGUCACAAUCACUUUUUGUUAUCAGUUUUCUGAUAUCUGUAUAUAUCACGUAUAAGUUUUUCAAAUUCCGAAUCACUGUAAAUAUCAACGUCGUCUUCUUUUCUACUAUACACUCCUUUUACACUUUUGGUUCGUAACAUUGGAUGAUGUUUGUAUACCAUCUGAGUUAUUAAACAUUUUACUUUUUCUUUGUUUAUUUUUUCAAACUCUGUGCAAAUGUGUUUUUUAUAAUCAUCCAACAACUUUGAUGACUCAAGAUUUUUCUUUUGAAUUUCUUUAAUCAACAUUGUCCUUUUUUUUAUGUCCAAAUAAUAUUUCCUCGUAUAAAAGCCCUUAUAAUAUUUUUGAAUAAUUAUUGCUGCCUUAUUGUAGUAAUCAAUAGACUUUAAUACGAAUGUAUUUAUUGCUAAAUCGUUGAAAUACCUAAAACAUCAAUAAAAACAUACUAAAUUUUAGAAUUGUUAAUUAUUAGCAUACCUUCUAGUUAUAUAUCCUCUCCAGCUUUUUUGAAUAACUGUAGCUGCUAAAUUUAACUUGGAAAUAUAUAAUCUAGUAUAACAGCCUCUAUAACGUCGUUGUAUAAUAAUUGCAGCUUUCUUAUUUUUUUCAAUAUAUUGAGCUCCGGUGUUUUGUUUUAAUUCUAAUAUCGUAUUUAAACUUUUUUCAUUAUGAAUUAUAUUUUCUACAAAAGCCAUUAUGUAAAAUUAAUUGUUGAAAUUUGAUUAUGAAUCAAUUAAUAAAUAGAUAAUAUUAUACAACUAUUUAUUUGUUUUAGUUUUUGUAUGUUGGCAACUAAAAAUAUUAUUUUAUAUUUAUUAUGUAUAUUAUACACCCAAUAUCCUUUAUUUAUAAUCUAAUUUCUUUGUAUUUAAUGUUUUUUGUUUUCAUUGUUAUAAUUUAUUAAUUAAUAAUUAUGUAUGUUAUAAUUGAGUGUAAAUUGAGAAAAAUUAUUAAAAACCUAUUAUUGCCAAAACUUGUAUUUAAAAAAAAAUAAAAUAUUUUAAAUUUUCCUGUCUUAUAUAUUUAUCACUUUCUAAGUUAAUCUUCAAAGUGAGAAAAAUAAAAUAAAAAUGAGUUCAAGUUUGAUAAAAAAAAAAAAAUUAUUUUGAAAUUUAACACACAUAACUAAAUAUUUUAAACUUAUUAAAUAUUAAUUAUGAUUUAUAGUAUAUAAUUGUUAAUAAUUAAAACACUUGAUCAUUACAGGUAAAAUCUUAUAGAGAAUAUCAAUUAGAGAAAAAAGAUAUAAACAUGUUAACUGAAGAAGAUAAAUUUUUAAUGCAAUUGACCAAAGUGGAAAGACUUGCUACCAAAUUAUCUAUAAUGAGUUAUAUGGGAAAUUUUUUGGAUAACUUACAUUUAAUAUCACCAGUGAGUUUUGAAAACUGUAAUUUGGUUAACAUAAAGUUAUCUCUAUUAUUUGAAUUAUAGCAAGUGCAUGCAAUCAUAUCAGCUUCAAGUUCUGUAAAAAAUUCGAAAAAACUGCGCCAACUACUAGAGAUAAUAUUAGCAUUUGGUAAUUACAUGAACAGUGCAAAACGUGGUCCAGCGUAUGGAUUCAAACUUCAAUCACUAGACACCUUAGUUGAUACCAAGUCAAGUGAUAAACGCAUAUGUCUUUUACAUUUCAUUGUUGAUACUAUUAAGUCUAAAAUGCCAGAAAUAAUGAAUUUUGAUUCAGAAUUCAUGUACAUAGAUAAAGCGGCAGCUGGUAUGAUUUCUGUUAUAUAGUUAUAUUUUAUAGAGUAUUCUUAUUAUAUUUAAAUUGUUAUUCUGUUUAGUAUCGUUAGAAAAUGUUAUAUCUGAUGUAAACGAGUUAGAGAAAAAUAUGGAUAUUGUAAAGAAAGAAUGCGAAACAAGGAGUUAUGGAAAUGCUCAACAUGUGAUGGUUCUUCGAGAUUUUCUUAAUAAUUCUGAAGACAAAUUAAAACGAUUGAAAAAUGAGACUAAAACUGCUCAAGAAUCAUUUAGAGAUUGUAUAGAGUAUUUUGGUGAACCACGUCGAGGAACAGAUGCUAAUACUUUCUUUUCCAUGCUUGUUAGAUUUGUUAAAGCAUUCAAGGUAAACUAAUUUUAUCAUUACAUUUCAUAACUAAAGUUCACUAUUAAUGGUAAUCACUAAUCAAUAAUAAUAAUAAUUUAUAUAGUUGUUUAGUGUCUAUUCAUUAUAAUAAAUAUUUGUUAUAAAUUAUUUUUAUUUUUUUGGUUUCUAUGUCUGUUUAUAAUAGGCCGCUGAUAUAGAAAAUGAACAAAGAAAGCGAUUAGAAGAAGCUGCAUGCCAAAUCAAAACUAAAUCAAGUACUGAGAACCUAGUUGCCAAAAACAAAAUAAAUCAAAAAAUGCAACAAGUACGUCCUUUUUAUUGUAAAUAUUUAAAUCGAUUACAAGAUUCAUUAAUUGAAUAACAGUAAUAAUAAUAAUUGAGGUCUGUAGAACAUUGCAUUUUUUUUCGCACGUUUUUUUUAUUAAUAUGUUAUAUAUAUAUAUACCUACUUGUAUAAUUUUUAUUUAUUUUUUGUUAGAUAUCCAAUAUGAUUUUAAUAUUUCAUGUUUGUUUGCUUUUAUAUUAAUAGUUUAUUUGUGUGAUGUUUGGUUAUGGUAUUACAAUAGUUGUUAUGCAUUUUUUUUUUUUUUUUAAAAAAAAAGAAAGUAUUUUAUAUUAAUUUAGGCCUAUUAUUUGUAAUUUGAUAGUUAUAACAUAUUUGUGUUUUAAUUUCUAAUUAAUGUUUGGUGUUUGUAUUUAUAUUUUUGUUUUUACAUCAUCUGUGUGCAUACUAAUCAUUAAUUUAGAAUUAUUAAGUCAUUUUUGUAACCUCAAUCAUUUGCUUGGAACUUUGUUUGAAACUGCACUACAUAACACUAGACUACUGGUUUUGGAUCAGAACAUAUCUUACUUAGGUACCAAUACAAUUCUACUUAAAAAUCAUUAUGACAGUGGAAAAAUGAAAUGUUUUAUUUUCAAGAUUUUACCUUUUCUGAGAGUAGGUAUGUCAAUUAAUAAACCUUUAGGAAACAUUUUUUAAAAAAGAAAAUUUGACUAAUGGUUUUAGAUCAUAUUAAAAAAUAACUAAACAAAAUGUUAUUAAUCACAAACAACUAUUUUUAGUUGUUGUUUGAAUUAUAUAAUAUUUUUUUUUUUAGUUAAUUUAUUGUGCUUGUAGAGAUUAUAAUAUUUAAUGUAGUAUUUGAAUAUUGGUUGAACUGGCAUUCUAUUUUUGCUGGUAUCACAGAAAUAUUUUUUUUUUUUCAUAACUAUAUUGUUAUAAGUUAUUAUAAAAUGUAUAUAGAGCAUUUUUACUUGUCCAUAAAAUAUAUUUUGUAGUAAGUUGUAAAUAUUGAGGCUACUUUUUAUUUUAGUUAUUAAACCUUAACAAGGUAAUAAUAAUAAUAAUAAUAAUAAAAAUACCUCAAUUUAACAUUUUUUUAAAUAUUAUAAUUUUUGUACAUUUUAUAAUAUUAUAGUAUUAGCACCAUUAAACUAUUUCUGUUAUUCAGAAACUUAAAUGAAAUAUUAUAUAAUAUGAGGACAAAUGUAUAGUUCAUUAUUUUUCAGUGUAUGUUAUUUAUUAAGUAAAUAUUUUUAACUAUUUAAAAUUAACUAUGAUAAAAAUUGAAUGUUAUAUAAUUUACAAUUAGUCAGUAUUUAAAUAACAGUUAACUAUAAUAAUUAACAUUUCAUUUUUCCAUCUUCGUUUUCAUAUACAUCUAUUUUUUUUUCAUAUUACAUCAGUUUUGUAAUUUUAUCUAAAUUAAAUUUAUUAUAUUGGUAAAUUUUUAGGAGGCUGUGAUAAAUGAAUUGAAAAAUAAAACCAAGAUGGUUAAAGAAAAGAAACUGUUACAUCAAGAUGAAGUGUACAAUGGUGCAUUAGAGGAUAUUCUCUUGGGUUUGAAAAAUGAGCCAUAUAGGAGAGCAGAUGCUGUUCGACGGAGCCAAAGACGACGAAUUGACAGCAAUCGGUUAUCCAGGACUUUAGAAGAACUUGAGUUUUAAAGUUCUUGUGAUAUGGUAAGUUAAAUCUACAAAAAUUAUUUUUGUUCUCAUCUCCUUUGCCUUCAUAUUAACUAUUUGGUGUCUGCUAAAUAAUAAUAAUACAUUUAUUUAUAGUUUCGCACAAAGAUAAUAUAUCUAUUGCAAUAUCUUCUAAGAUAUUAAAGAUUAUCAAAUUCUGAUAAAAGAUAAAAAUACUAAAAAUAUAACUUUAUUUUAUUAUUUUCAAAAAAAUUAAUGAUUUUAUAGUUUAUUCUUCUAAAAAUUUUGUCGCUUCAACUUUAUUUUUAUUAAAUUUGUGAUUUUUAAUUAUUUUAUUUUAAGUUCUGAGAAAAAAAAGUAUAGUCAAUUAGCCAUAAUAAUAAUAAUAAUAAUCAAUUAGCUAAUGUGAUUACAGCCUGUUGCAUAAUUAUAGGCACUUUUCUUUGAACUUUAAAAAAUUAUCAAAAAUCACAAAUUUAAUGAAAUUAAAAGUUGAUAUGUCAAAGUUUUCCAUAGAAUAAACUAUAAAAUGGCUUCAAUAUUUUCAAAAAUAAUAAAACAAGAAGUUAUUUUCUAAGUUUUUUUUAUUAAAAUAAAAAUGAUUAAAUUAAUUGGAAUACAUGUAUGUAUAGGCCUUAUCCUGUAAAUAAUAAUAAUAAUAAUAAUAAAAGAAAAACAGAAUUUGACUGUUUUUAUUAUCUACUGAUAUUACAAUAGUUAUAAUAUAAAGAUAUUAUCUUUGUGGGACACUGUAUAAUAAUAAUAUUAUUACUAUAUCAUUAUAUUCAGUGAUCACUAGUUAAUUAACAUUUAAAUAUUGCCGACAUAUCUAUUUUGUUAACAUGAUGUAUAUUUUCAAAGAAAUCCUUAAUAUAAUAGUUUACUUUUUUUUUUAGACUGUUUCAUUUACAUUCCACAUAUCCAAAUACUCAUGAUGUAGGUUUAUCUUAUUUAAGCACCAAAAAAAAUAUUGUUAAUGUAAUCAUAUUAUUAUUAUUUUGUUUGGUUGUUAUUUUAUAUAUUUAUUAGAAUACAUUACAAAUAUAUAUAUUGUCUUUAUAAGAAUGAAAAAUAUAGGAUUUUGUAUUACUAUAAAAUUAGAAUUUUGGUAAGGUGAUUUUUUUUACUCCCAUUUUAUUUUAUAUUAUUUUUAAUUUAUUUGUAUUAUAUGUAUUCAAAUUAGGAUAAAUUAUUUAUUUUUAUAAUCUUCUCGCUCUGUUACUACUAAGCUAAUAAAAAUAUAAUAAGAAAGACUCUUAUACAUUUAUAAGUUCUAACACACGUAAAAUAUUUUAAGUAAUCUUAUAUACUUUACUAAAAACAUUAAAAAGUAUUUGGAUUUUAUUUCUCAAUUAUUUUAUUAAUAUUUAUUGUGUCCAGUACGUUACCAGUGGAGCAUUAUUUAAUAUUAAUAUAAAUCUUCAAGUAAUAUAUUUUUCAUCAUUUAUUUAUAUAAAUUAAUUUUUUGGAUAAAAAAUUAUAUUUUUAGUAAAAUAUGUACCUAUGCAGAUAAUUGAUUUAAUUUUAUAAGUGAAAUAUUUUUUUUAUUCAUUGGCGUCCAAUUUUUUAAGUUUAUACAUGUUGAAAGCAAUUUUAAAAUGUGUUAUUUACCUGUUAAAAAUGAGCUUAGUUAAAACAAAAAUGUGUUUAUAUAUUUAUAUUAUACUGUUAUAUGAUCUGAGGUAAAUGUAACUUUAAGUGAACAAAAUAAAUAUUUUCUAAUUUGUUCUAUUGGGACCGAUUAUUUUUAUAUCUACGUGUGUUAUAAACUUAUGUGAAACAUCACUUUUCGACAUUCCACUAAUUCUUAAGAUUGUCUCGAUGAAUUACUAUCGCAUUUGUGAUGUGGUGCUUUUAGAUAUUAGUUUUGUAAGACUUUUUUUAUUAAAUUAAUUUUUGUUGAAUAGAUGCAUAUAUUAUGUUAAUGUUUCUUAGUUAUUAAUAAAUUACCUAUUAACAUUUCUGUGCUAAAACUUGAAUUAUACAACUUUUUUUCUAGAAUCAGCACCAAUGACAUUUUAUUUUAUUAUACUAUUAUUUAUUAUAUAUUAUUUUUAUGUUUUUAAAUAUUUUGUAACACAUGUAAAUAGGAAUUAUACAUAAAUACGAAUAAUGUUCUAAUAUCAUAUAUAUAUAAAUAUAAAUAAAAGAUAAGCGGAAUGAAAUAAAUCGAUCAGUGCCAUCAUAAGAAAUAAUGUUAAAAAUAAUAUGGAUCUUUGUAUUUUAACUGAUUUAUAAAUUCCUAGUACUUCUGUUCUUUUCUUAUAUUCUUUUAAAUUUAGAAAUGUUAUGCUUUAUUAAAUUAUUAUUUUUUUCGAGUACCUACUAUAUAUAAAAGAUUUUUUAGAUUGUUAUUUAUAUUAAACAAUAUUUAUACGCGUUACAUAUAGUGUUUUCUGUGAUUAUAAUUAUUGUUUUAAUAGCUUUUGUACGCAAAUAGAUGUUUUCUAUCAAAAGUUUUGUAAUUACCUAAAUUAUAAUAUUGAAAAAUAAGUACAAUAAUACAAUGUUAUACUUUUGGAAUGCACUGUUAGAAGGUUUUGUGUGGACAUUGUGCAUCCUACGAACAAAAUAAAUUAAAAUAAUAUUUUGUUUUAAAGAAAUUUAUAAA